AACGAAACCGCCCGCCCGCCUCAGUCCAUCGUCAACUGCCGUCGACAUUCCCAAAACCAUCGCACCCGAUCGCGCGGUACCGAAAAGUUCACUUGGUUAGCGAGCACACUCGUAAACGGCAAAAAUAAAAUCACACACCAUAUUUGGACGCGCCCGUGAUAACACAAGUGAAAUCGAAAUUUUUACGUGGAUCAGUGACAAGUGAUUUGUGGAUUUUCGAAUUUCCGUGCUACCGCGAUGCAGAUUAAGGCGUGACACACCGGGUUGACAGGAAUCAAUCCGCGCGAUGUCGCAACCGCCACCGGGACGUGGUCGCGCACGACCACCUGGUCCCCCAUCUCCCCUCCACUAUCGACCACCUUCACCAUGGGCGCCAAGCCCACCUCCUCUGAUAUCUGGGCCGAGACAUUCGACUGCCCUCGUCUCACCUCCUCCAGUCCAGCCAUCCCCGAAACCGUUCCGCCCGCUUCACUCUCCACACUUACGACAGCACUCGCCGUCUCCGAGUUCCCACUUCUCGAUAUCUCCGUAUCCAAUGUCCCCGACGCUGGGUCAAAGCCCUGAGUACUAUUAUUCCUCUCCGUACGAAACGGUUCGCGAGUACGAUUAUGCUGGAGCGCCAUUAGAACCUCCUCCUCCGCCGCGUCCGAUGAUUUACGAAGAAGAUGAGGAAAGAGGACCAUCGACCGCGGAGAUUAUUGCGAACCAGUCGCAAGAAGGUUACGUGGAUGAAAAACUCGCCGAGUAUCAAGCGACGAUUCAGCUAUUACAAGAUGAACAGGAAAGAGUACAAAAGAAGACAUUCGUUAAUUGGAUCAAUUCGCACUUAUCAAAGCGCAUACCUCCCAUGCGGAUCGACGACCUGAUUUACGACCUACGAGACGGCACAAAGCUCCUGGCUCUACUCGAAGUAUUGUCUGGCGAGAAAUUGCCAAUGGAACGUGGUCGUGUUCUACGACGUCCUCACUUUUUAUCGAACGCAAACACCGCUCUCCGUUUCCUCGCGGGCAAGCGCAUUAAGUUGGUCAACAUAAACGCUGCUGACCUUGUAGAUGGAAGACCCGCCGUCGUGCUGGGUCUCAUUUGGACCAUCAUCCUCUACUUCCAGAUCGAAGAAAACAGCCGAGCACUUGAAUACCUCGGUGGGUCGCGUUGUGCGUCCGUCAUGUCGCAAGAGUCUGGAGCAGCGACGCCCACGCACAGAGCCGAAGACAGAUGGAAACAGGGUGCAAAGAAAACACUUUUGCAAUGGGUUGCGAAUGCUUUGCCAAAGGACUCGAACAUUCAAGUGACAGAUUUUGGUCCUUCCUGGCGUGAUGGUAUCGCGUUCCUCGCUAUCAUUGACGCAAUCAAGGCUAACCUCAUCAACCUAGCGGAGAUGAAGAGGAAGACAAACAGGCAACGUCUGGAGCAUGCGUUUGACGUGGCCGAGACUGCGUUGGGCAUCGCGAGACUGCUGGACGCAGAGGACGUGGAUGUAGAUAAGCCGGAUGAAAGGUCAAUCAUGACAUAUGUGGCGCAGUUCCUGCACAAAUACCCUGAACCUAAGACGACAGGUCCAGACGCAGUCGCGGCAGUACAAGAGGAAUACGAAAUGCUGAGAAGUUGGCUCACGGAGCGAGUGUCCGUCGUGCAGCGGCAGUACGACUCCAGGACACUCUCGCGACACUACGAGGACUAUGUCCGCGCCGAAAACGAACGCCUCGCCAGAGAGCCCAUCUAUCAAAAAUUAGAAAAACUCAUGUACACACAGAGCUUAGUCGCCAUCGCCCCCAAAUCUUGGAGGGAGCUUGUGGCGUUGUGGAUCGAGUUGGAGAGGCUGCAUCGAAAAUGGCUCUGGCUUUUAGAUUCCGAUCUCCCCGGAGACUUCCGCGUGGUCGGAGAGUGGCUAGCUAGAGCUGAAUACUUGCUCUACUUUGACGAAAUACCCACAACUUUAGAUGAUAGAACCGCAGCUAUCAUUAGCGAAAAGUUGGAAGAACAUACUUCAUUCUUCGCCGACCUGCCAGAAAUUAUUGACAGAUUCGAGGCAGCGCUAAGAUCUCCUGAUGCAGCGAGCAUACCCGCUGAAAGACUCCAGGAUAUGAAAGAUCGUUUGCAAGCAGUCGAUCGCAGGGCUCCUCAGAGAAAGGCCAGGUUAAAGUACUUGGAGCACAAGUGUUGUAUUGUAGCAUUCACCGAGCUGACUAAGGCCAAGUUAGCUGCUUGGACGGGAAAAUACGGUCGUAUCGAUCACGUUCGUGCCUUAUUAGACGAUUACGAUAACUUUGUAACUAAAAAUAAAAUUUUCCAAGAAUUUGAUAGAGCCUAUAUUGACAUAAAGCAAGUGGCAGAAGAAUAUAAAAGAGUUUGCGAGGUAGACCGAACAGAGGCUAGAGAAAUUGAUGCCUUUUUAAGAGAAAUAUCGGAGAAUUGGAGAAGAGUGGCAUCCGAUGUUAGAUGCGCUCGAAGUGUCUUAGAGGAAGUUAUUGCUCACUGGGAAAGGUGGACAACAUUAUCAGACCAGUUUACACAAUGGUUAGACCGGGCCCAGCAUAUGCUCAGGGUCUCUGAAGAUGAAAGAUUAGAAUUCUUCCAAGACUUAACUGUUUGGAAGGAGAAACACCAACUAUUAGGUGACGCUGCUGGCUUUUUAGCGGCAACAUGCUCGGAAGAAAUAACAACAGAAAUUAAGAGGAAAUACGUAGAAAUUACCGAACGUUGGGAACGCGUUUGGGAUGAAGCUGAACGCUAUGUCCGCGGUGGGGAUGCUCUGCGUCAUAGAAGAGAACUGGCUCAAGGAAUGCAGAAUCUGGACACUUGGUUGAUGGGUGCCGAUAAUUUACUGUCACGGCAACCACGCGCAACCACCGCUGAUAUACAAGCGUACAUCGAUCAGUUGCUGCAACUGAACUCUGAAAUUGAGCAGAACGAGGAAUUAUUCAAAUCUAUAAGCAGAACCUUCCAAAAUGCGAUCGCAGAAUUACCUCGCGAUGAGGUGGAAGCAAACAUGACAAAGCUAAAGCAGCAGAAAGAAGCGCUGGUUCGUGUGCGAGCCACUGUGCCCGUCAAGCUGCACCAGUACCGGCAGCUGCUGGUGCAACACGAGUCGCUCGAGAGCGGCCAACGGGAGAUUGGACAGUGGCUCGACCGGGCCGAAGAAACCCUUAGGACCACCACUGAAACCAGGCGCGAGGUGAUUGAGGAGCGUUACGAAGUGCACCGCAGUUUCUUCUCCCGCACCACAUACUACCGCUCGAUGCUGGAGAGCAAGAACAAGGUGUUCCAGAACAUCGUGCGCGCCGCUGACGCCGACCGCAGCGCUGACGUCAGCGACCAGCUGCGGCUCAUGCGAGACCUCAAUGAGCGAUUUGCUCACUUAUCGUCAGAAGCGACUAAAAAAGAAGCUGAGUUGCAACGCCUUGUGCGAGCCUGGGACGAAUUUGAAACGAAGAAGAGAGCUGUCGAAGAGUGGGCGUCGAGGGCUGAGGCGUUGCUUGCGGAUAGCCGGGUAGACUCCAAGCAGGCCGUGGACUUCCAUAAAAGAUUCUUCCAAGGAGCUGAUGAGAGGGCUGUAUCAGAGCUGGUCCGAUCUGGAAGAGAGUUAAUUGAGCUUGUGAACGAAGAAGACCGACCGAAAGUAGUUCAAACGGUAGAAGAAUUACAACGAAGAUGGAAGGAGCUGCUCGAUAGAGCACCUCCGCACCUCAUGCGCUUGGAGUUCAGAUUAGAUGAAGCAGUAUUCCACCACUGCAUUAAGGAUAUCGAAAAAGAGAUCGUUUAUGAAGAACAAGCCUACAACCAAAGCGACGACGCUGAUGGCAUCCUGAUUCGAAAUGAAGAGUAUUUCCGCAACCAAGGAAAAAUCAUGCAAGUGGAACAAUGUUUACAAAAUCUCAAAAAGAUUUCAGUAAGUUACACGCACCAAACUGAGGACAAAACAUUAGAAGAAGCUUUAAGGAAGUGUGAGCAGGAAUGGGAGUCAACGGUCCACAGAGUUGAGAACUUUAGGCAACAGUUACAAAGAAUACCGGCGAAAUGGGACGCAUAUAGAGAGAAAUUUAGGGAAAUGGAAAAGUGGAUGGAUCAUGUGGACAAAACUAUGGACAGCAUUGUGAGGGAAGUUGACUCAGCUGAAGCGUUUGAAAGAGAGAAGACCAUCUUCCAAAACAUUUGCCGGGAAGCUGACCGCAAACGAGAAGACAUGAAAUGGCUUGUUCAGACGUUAGAUAUGCUUUCCAAUCACUGUUCAGACACCGAGGCACAAGAAGAACAAGUUAAACUGGAAAAUCUAAUAGCUAGAUAUAAAAAUCUUAUACCAACUAUAGAGAUUACCAUGAUUAAGACAGAAACAUAUACAAGAUGUUAUACUUACCGCCGAGAGGUGCACGAAGUGAUUUGCAUACUAGAAAGUGCGAAAGAGAAGGCGAAGAUUGAACCAGAUUUACAAUCACUUCAACACGUUGAACAGCUAGUGCUUGAACAACAAGCUGCAGUACAACAAUUGGAUCGGCAGCGGCCUUCUGUCAUGUCAAUGCUUCACCGAGGUAAAGAACUUAUUAAAGACGCCAAUGCACCCGCGUUUGUGAGAGAAGAUGUAAGAAAUCUUGAAAGUGGCUGGAACACCGCCUAUGAAUCAAACACUGAACGUUUAGAUAAACUCCGCGAUACACAGAAAGUGUGGUCUAAUUAUGAAUAUCAAAAAGAAGAAUUGCUUUCUGAUAUUAGCAAGAUUGAGAGCUACGUUGCCCACCCAGGUCUUGAGCUUGGGGUUUCUAACGUAAGUCGAGAACUUCAAGAAACUAAGGCUGUUAAUACAGAUUUGGAGCGAGCUAAAGCUGAAAAACUACCUCAACUCCAACAGACAUAUGCGGAAUUGCAAACUCUGACAGCUAAUAAACCAAAACCGGUAAUAGAAAAAGAUUUGGAAACUAUUGAACGUAAAUUAGAAAGAGUUCAAGAUGAAGUUCAGACCAAGGUUGAGCAUUUAGAAAAGUUCAAUGAAGAAUGGGUGAAAAUUGAACAUAAAUUAGAACACGUUCGCGAAUGGAUUAAGAAAGAAAGUCCCAUACUUAUAUCUCAGGUUCAAUCAGAGAAUAUCACACCAGAAGAGCGUGUUGAAAAAUCUCAAGCCCUACAGAAAGUCAUAGCAGAAAAAUUAGAAAUCAUUAGAAAUGUGGCAGACCAGGGAACUAAAUUAGCAGUAGAGCAUCGUAUGCACGAUGCAAAUAAACUCAAAGGCGAGGUGGCUUUACUCGAAAAAAUGAUGGCAGAUUUACAACGAUCUAUGGAACAUCAAACACAAGUUGUGAAACACGAUUUAGCUAGUUGGCAAAAGUAUCAAAAAGGUGUAGCUGAAAUCAAACCAUGGAUAGAAGAGGCUGAAAUUAAAUUGGGUAGUGUCCCUAAACCAACGACAUUACCUGAAGCUCAACAGCUACAGCAACAAGCAAGAGCAUUGAUUACUGACUGUGACAAGCAGUUGAUGAAUUUACAGAUUUUGUCAAGUGUCAGUCAUCAAUUGUCAGGUAAAACUAGUGCACCUGACGAGGUUGACGCUAUUCAUUCGAGGUGGGCAGUUGUUCAUGAUUUAGCUGACCAGUGGAAUAAUAAACUUGACAAAUUAGUUACGAAUUGGGAACAUUUCGAAAAAGAAGCCGAUAAGUUGGAAACUUGGAUUGAAAAUGGUGAAAAACUACUCAGCAGUCGUUCUGUUAACGUGGAAACACCUCAAGUCGAAAAACUUGAUAGAGAGCUAAAUAAACUUAAAUCUUUUGGUAAUGAAAUAUCGCAACAACAAGCUAAAAUAAUAAGCCUCUCACAAAUAUGUGAUAAUAUCUGCCAUAGCGUUCAACCGGAAGGUGCAAAUUUGUUGAAAAAUAAAGUUUCAGACAUAAAAGAUCGCACGAAUGCACUUGCUGAAAUAGUUAGAUCAAAAGUCAAUGAGUUGUCGGACAAAAUCAUUGUAAGACAGGAAUUCCUUACGAAGCUUCACAAUUUUGAUAAUUGGAUAACAGAUUUCCGAAGAAAGACGGAAAGCUACGAUCAAAUUAGUUCUGACAAAGUAGAACCUACGCUUCAAUCUAUGCACGUAUUACUUCAAGAACAUGCAGCAAAAGCUCCUGAAUUCACGGAUAUUUAUAACGAAGUUAAAAACAUGACAUUAGUUUCUCAUCCAGAAGAGACGCGAUCAUUGAGUGAUACAUAUUCCAAUAUUGCUGAACACUACCAAGUCAUCGAAUCGAAUAUACAACAAAACAAGGGUAUCCUACAAAAAUGGUCGGAACUUCUAAACUGGUACGAGGAUAAUAAACAGCAAUUAAAUCAUAUCCAAUACCAAAUUGAAGGUCCAAAAUUAACUCCUGAAAGUUAUGAAGUCUUACGUCAGGAGUUAGUAAAUAUUAUUACUAAAAUUCCAGAGUGGAAAAGUAAUGUAGCUUUAUUAGAUGGUCCUUCCAGAAUUAAAGUUACAGACCAAAAUACUGGUAGAAUAAUACCACCAAACAGUUUAGUUAAGGAAAUAGAAAUAAAAGCAGACUCCUUGCUAAACCUCGUAACUUCUAAAAGAGAUUUAGUACAAAAAGUUGGCGCUAGAUGGGAUAAAUUCAAUGUACAAAAUAAGGCAUUAAUUGAAGUCUUACAUCACGUUCAAUCAGUUUUAAGCGAAAUGGCGCAGCAGCCUGUCCCAUUGACAGAAUCAACUAUACAGGAAAUGACAGAAAAAUUGGAUAAUAUUGAUAGUGAAUUAAAAGAGAAACAAUCUGUUAGGAAAGACUUGAGAGAAGAAGGAUUACAUCUUAUGAGAGAAGAUCAGCCAAAUAUGGGUACGAUUCAAAAUGCUCUCACAGCAGCAGACAAUAGCUGGGAUCAAGUUGUCAACUCAGUCCGUGAUACUAAAAAUAAGUAUAUACUUCUAUCAUCCACCUUGCAAGAAUUAAAGAACUUUACAGUUGCGUUUGACCGAGAAAUGAGUAGGGCUGAACAAUUGCAUAAUGAAUGCAAAGAAGCACCCAAUGAUUAUGUGCAAACUGCUCAAUUCUUAGACAAGGCAAAGAAAUCAUAUGAACUUCUGAAACGAUCGAAAGGAUUAUUGGAUCAAAUGGAUGUGAUCAAACAAUCCGUACUAAAACAAGCAUCUACGUUAGGUGGAUUUGACACAAGUCCUUUAGAAGAUGCAUUUUUGAACUCUCAAAUACAUUGGGAGAAGGUUAAUGAUGCAAUAAUAAAACGAAUUCAAGAUUUAGAAUCUCAACUCUUAGUAUGGAGACAAAUCGACGACACUAAAAAUCAAGUUGUUACAUGGCUAAGUGAAACAGGACAGAAUCUCGCUAAUGCUUGUGAUAAUUUAGAAAUCAGAUUUGGUCAAAAUCAUCUUAUGAAAUAUAAAGAAGAAUUGCCACUUUAUUUAGGGCUUAAAAAUAGUAUUAAAGCCAAAUGUGAACAAAUUACCAAUCUAAACAAAAAUAUUCCCGUGGGACAAGUUUCAUCCAUAGUUGAUUAUUUAGAUAAUGAAUUCGAUGCUCUACAAACAUUAGCCGAUAAUUUGGAAAGUGCUGUAUCAUCUUUAGAAUCAAGAGAAAAUAAAUUAAAGGAACAUAUUAAACGUCUUUCUGAUCAUAUAAGUAAAGUUCGUGACGAUAUAAUUAAAUGUGACGAUAUGUCAGGUGAUAAUGCAAAAAUUCUUGAUCGCCUUAAGAAAUGCCAAUCUUGUAAAGUGGAUCUCCAAAAUUUAAAUGACGAAAUCGACAACUUGGCGCAAAAUGUAUCUGAAAUGAAUGCUAACUAUCCAGGAUUUUAUGAAUCUCUCGUACCUAAAGAAUUAAGUACAUUACAAAAACGUUUCGAAAGUGUUCUGAUUCAUGCUAAUAAAACUGAAACAACUUUACUCACAUUCCUUCAGAAAUUGUUUACUGAUAAGUUGAAUAUGUUCAAUAGAAAUUUAAAAAUAUUGGAUGACAAAACUAGGUGGUGUAUGCCGGAUGUUAAUAGUGACAAAUAUAAUCUAGAAGUUAAAAAUGCGGCUUUAGUAGACGUGGAGAAUGGAAUAACUGAUUGUAAGAAGAAAGUAGAUGAACUCAAAGAAGCUUCUGAAAUACUAAGCAUUGUAGCUGAACCAGCUUGUGCACAAGAAGCUGCUUCACAAACGGACAAAGCUCAAAAGAACUUAGAAGUACUUACAUCUAAUUAUAAUGAGAUUAAAAACCGGUUGCAAGAAAACCUGGAAGCGUGGCAAGAGUAUGAGAUUAUGUUAGAAAAUGUCUCCGAAUGGCUUAAAGAUAAAGAAAAUAGAGUAAGACAAGAAGCUGCAAGCUUAGUCAAUGUAAAUGAAAUUGAUGAUAAAAUUUCUGAAAUUGAAAAACUUAACCAAGAAGUUAAAGAGUAUGGUGACCAAGUAAAUAAACUUACAGAAAUUGGUGAAAAAGUUUUAUCGCGUAAUCCAGAUUCGCGCAUUUCUCAAUACAUUAAUCAUUUAGAGACAAGAUAUCAGACUGUUGGCAAAUUUAUGGUUAAUCAACUAAAUAGAUUAAAAGACCUCAAAAAUAAUAAAGGAAAAUACGAUAAAUCUAUUGCCGAAUUCAAGGACUGGCUUCAAGAUACCAAUGCAAAAAUUGCAGACAUAGCGGCAAUGAGUAAACACGCGAAACCAUCCGCUGCUGAUUUAGACCACAUUAAAAAAUUAAAUGAGAAUAAGGAAGUUGGUCAGAAAUUACUUAACAGUGCCAUCGAAUCUGGCGAAGCACUUUUCAGCGGUGUUACUCCUGAAGCUCGUGAACAUAUAAGAAAUGAACUUAGAACAUUAAGAGAUUACUUUGAGAAUUCAGUUGAUUCGCUCAAUAAUGUUAUUAAAGAUAUUGAAACUACUAUAAACAAGAGAUCAUCAUUUGAUGAUACCUUUAACCAGGUUCAAAAAUGGAUAAGCGACAAAGAAACAGAGUUAGGUGAAUUUAAACUAUCACCUUCUCUACCUGAAAAGAAGGCCCAACUUCAUAAUACUAAAAUUCUUUAUCAAGAGGUAGAAUUACAUCAGUCAAUGUUAUCCCAGCUCACUGAUAAACUUAAACUUAUGCCUGACGAAGAUGCUGAAAAAGGCCUUACGGAGAUAAUCGACAGAUAUAAAAACAUGUCAUCAGAACUCGGCAGUAGAAUAACUAAAUAUGAAUCUCAUGUUUUAGAUCACGAAAAAUACGUCCAAAUGUUUGAAGAUAUUCGUGAUCGACUUAAUCAUGUAAUAGCUGAAAAUAGUUUAGUCAGUUACGCAGUGGUUUCACAAAAAGAGGACGUAGAUUCUAAAAUCAUGGCUAUAGAAAAAGUUACAUCAAAGGCGAAAGAAAUUGACAAUGCACUAGAUACUGUAAAAUCACAAUUGCAUACUGUUUUAGAAACCACAAGCCCAAAUGGACAUCCAGUUCUUAUAAGCGAAUUCGAAAAGUUAAAAACUACAUGGGAUCAAUUUGCAAAACAAUGUAGUGAAUAUGAUAAAAAACUUAAAGAUACUAUUAAACAAUGGAACGAGAGUCAAAAAACUCUAGAUGAACUUGAAGAGUGGCUUAAAGUAAAAGAAAAUCAAAUAAGAGAUCAAAGCCUUAAAAGUAAUAUUGAGGCCAAAAUAGCACAUCUACAAAAAGUUAAAGAAAUACAAAUAGAACUUGGAUCUAAGGGUGCUGAGUUUGCUGCUUUAACUGACAAACAAAAUAUAUCUGGUGAAUCUGAUAUAAUUACGAAGACUUCUAAAUUAGCCACUAGAUAUCAUACAUUGAACAACCUCGUAAAUGAAAUAAUUUCAAAAUACGAAGUAUUCGUAUCUGAACAUCAGUUAUUUGAAAAUGAGUAUGAUAAUAUGGAAAGUUGGCUAAUGAGCAUGUUAGGUGAUCUUCAAGAUUUAAAUGAGAUUGUAGGAGACUACGCAGUUUUACAAGAAAAACAAAAUAAAGCAAAAGAACUUUACGAAACUAGAAAUAAGAAAACUCCUGCUUUUGAAGAAUUCCUUAGCUUAGGAGAGAAGCUUUAUGCUCAUACAAGUCCUGACGGUAGAGAAAUCAUACGACAAAAAAUUCGAAAGAUAAGAACAUUAUGGGACAGCUUUGGUGAUAGUUUCCAAGAAACUGUCAACAAGUUGGAUCAAUGUUUACUGCAGUUUUCUGACUUUUCACUUGCUCAAGAACAAUUAACUAAAUGGUUAAAAGAUGUUGAAAAAGCAAUGCAGAGACAUACCGAACUAAAAACAUCGUUAGAAGAAAAGAAAGCUCAACUACUGAACCAUAAAAUCUUACAUCAAGAAAUAAUGUCACACGUGCAGCUUGUUGAAUCUGUAUGCGAUAAAGCCCAGCAAUUAGUAGAUCAAACCCACGAUGCUUCUUUAAAUGUAUAUUUACAAUCUAUAAAACAACUAUUUCAAAACAUUGUUACAAAGUCUCAAAAUCUUCAAGACAAUUUGGAGGAUUGUGUAAAAAGGCACGAAGAUCUUGUUCGUCUCCUUCAACAAUUCAAAGAAUGGCUCGGUUCUCAGUCAGAAAAAUUACUCGAUAUAGAAAACGCAGUGGGAGAAAAGCCUGAAAUUAUAAGAAAACUUCAAUCUGCUGUUGCUUUAAAAGAUAUUGAAAAAGUGGGGUCAAGUAAGUUAGAUGAAAUACGAAACAUAUUUUCCACUGUCAGCAAAAGCACAUCGGAAGCUGGAAACGCGGCUAUUAAAGCAGAGAUCAACAAUUUACACGAACAACUUAAUAAAGCAGUAAAUAGUAUUAGCACAUCUGAGCAAAAAUUGAAACAUACUUUAGAAAUUUGGAAUAAGUUUGAUUCUUCUAUUGAAUCCAUAACUGGAUGGCUUAAGGAUAUGGAGGCUAAGUGCCGUGACCAAACAUUAUGCUCAACGUUAUCUGAAAAAGAAGCUCAGUUACAAAGAUAUGUAAAUUUACGUAAUGACAUUCACGCAAAAGAAAAAGAAAUAGAUGCAUUUGUUGAUGAGUCUCACAGCCUCAUUUUAUUAAGUGGUGUAGAAAGGUUAAAACCACUUGUUAUUCAAAUAAGUAGUCGAUACCAACAACUUCAUUUAAUUUCAAAGGACAUAGUAAACCACUGGCUAGAAUUAGUUUCCGAUCAUAAAAAGUUUGUUCAACUAAGAAAUGAAUUUGACACUUGGUUAAAACCUUUGGAAGAGCAGUUAUCACAAAUGGUAAUAAAAGAAGAUAAGGUAGGUAUUGAAAGCAAAGGUAAUAAAUUACAAGUCUUUCUGUUAGAGCGAGAAAACGGAGAGCAUAAAAUUGGUAUCUUGACAACAGCUGGAGAUAAAGUUUUACCCGAAACUGCAGCGAAUGGAAGAGAAAGUAUCCGAGCUGAAAUAAGAGAUCUGAGGGAAAGAUGGGAUAAGCUUAAUGAUAGCAUUUUGCAACAGCAAAAAGAAUACGAAUCUCAGACUUUGCAAUGGUCUAGUUAUCAGGACGUAUUACAACAGACAUUAUCUUGGCUAGAUGAAAAAGAAAAAAUAGUUGAAAGUGAGGAAAAAGUAGUUCUUAAUUCAGCUCAAGAAAUUAAAUCACGGUUACUUAAAAAUAAAACUUUGUUACAAGAAAUCAAUUCGCACAAAAGAGUUAUAGAAACUGUCACUGAAAAAGCUAAGAGCAUUGCAGCUAGUAUUCAUUCCAGUAAAGGGGGAAGCGAUGAAAUGGCAGCAAUUAUCAAAUCUGUUUGGGACAGAUAUAAUGCCCUUACGAACAGGCUGUCAACAGUUAUUGAUAAACAUGAAAAUGCUUUUGAGAUUUACCAACAAUUUGGUGAUCAACAAAAAUCCCUUCAAGAUUAUCAAAAGCAUUUAUGGGAUCGUUUGCACUUACUUUCCGACUUUACGGGUAACAAAGCAGCCUUACUAAGUAAAUUAGCUAAAAUCCAAGAGCUUUUAGAUGCAAUUCCGAAUGGAACAAAUAAAUUGAAAAUAUUAUCUGACCUUAUUGAAAAUGACGGAUCUAAACUCUCACCACGUGGUAAAGAAGGUAUGUCACGAGAACUAGGAUUAUUAAGAGCCGAUUUGGAAAAAUUCACAGCCACUGUACAUGACGUUAAAAGAGGUAUUGAAGAAAAAAUACAACAAUGGAUCGAAUUUGAUGCUGCUAACGAUCGAUUGCAACACUGGUUAAAUGAUACAGAAAUGAGCUUAAAGACAUACACUCCUAAAGCUACUCUUGAAGAAAAGAUUGAUCAACUUAAUAAAUAUCAGGCAAUUUUAGCAAACUUGAAGAAAACUGAAAAUGAUGUCGAUAAGUUAACUGAUGAAUUCAGUGAUCUUAUUGAAAACUGUAAUGAUACAAGGAUUACAAUGAAUCUACAACAAAUGACAUCACGCUUCCAAUCUGUCCAUUCGACAGCUAAUGAGUUGGUUAAAAAAUGCCAACAAGCGGUCAAUGAUCACAAUGCAUAUCAAGAAAAAUAUAAUCAAUGUGUUGAUUGGGUAAAGGCCGCACAAUACAAAUUCGAUGAAUGUCAAAGGAAUUCUUCGAAUACUCCUGAAGGUAUUAAUACCCAGCGUGAAAGCUUAAAUGAUUUAUUAAGUCAAAGGCGAAACGCUGCUCUUUUAGUUAAUAAUACUUUUGAACUAGGAGAGAAAUUAUAUCCAUCAACAUCACCCGAAGGCAAGGAGUUAAUUGAACAGCAACUUCAUGAUAUGCAGCAAACCGUGGACAAUUUAUAUGAUAACAUCACCAAAGCUGAGCGUGAUUUAGAUUCUGAACUUAACAAAUGGUCCUCGUUUGAUGAAAAUCUUAAGGCCGUCAAUGAGUGGUUAACACUAGCUGAGAAAAAUCUACCUAAAAACAUUGAACUUAAAGCAACACUAGAUGAAAAACGCAAUCAGUUAAAUGUCUAUAGAAACUAUCUUCAAGAUGCUAUUGCACAUCAACAAGACAUCUCUGAUUUAGAAGAUCGAGCACAAAAUUUACCUGAUGUCAAUAAAAAUAUUACAAAGGAAAUAAGCCAACUAAAACAGAGGCAUGACAAUAUUCUUGUUCGAGCUAAAAAUUUCGUUGAACAAUACGAAGCGAUUGUUAACAAUCAUCAGCAAUACAGCAAAGCUGUUAUGGAUUUACAAGAAUGGGUUGAAGCAACUCAUAAUACAGCACAAUUAUGGGGUGAUGUUAACUUAGAAAGGGUGGCAUUAAGUAGUAAUUGUGAAAAAUUGAAAUCUCUACAAGUAAGCUUACCUGAAGAAAAAAAUCGCAUAGAUAAAAUUCGGUCAUUAGGUGAAAAAGUUCUUCCAGGAACCGUAAGCAAUGGUCAAACAAAUAUAAGGAACCAAAUAGACGCGUCUCAUCAAGAAUGGGAAGGAUUAGUGUCUUUCAUUAACAAAACAAUUGAAUCGUUGGAAAAUAAAAUACAGCAAUGGAAUGAAUACGAAAAUAUGAAAGAUCAAUGUUUGGCUUGGAUUCGGAAUACAGACAAUCAAAUUCAUGCGGUUGACUUGAAAGCGACAUUACCCGAAAAACAAGAACAGUACAAUGUUUUCCAAGAAUUACAAGGAGAAGUAAGAGCAAAGGAACUUGAGAUUGAUAAUAUUACCGAAAAGGCGCAGCAUCUCUACACAGGAGUAUUAGGUCCUCGUGGCUCACAGAUUUCUGACUUAACUGUAAAAUAUCAAACACUGUCACAAAAAGUUAAAGAUUUGACAAAUAGAUGGCAACAGUAUGUUAAAACUCAUCAAGAGUUUACAAGUAAUGUCACUGAAUGUUCUCAAUGGAUUGAAGAGCUGAGAGAUAAACUUGAUUUUUGUGCUGAUUUAAGCUCAUGUUCACAAGAUGACCUGGAGACAAAAUUAGUGCUAAUUCAAAACCUUUUACUAACUAAGGACGAAGGGUUUACUAAGGUUCAAUCGUUAGUUGAACUUGCGCAAAAUGUAAUGGCCAACACAGCUCCAGCUGGACACGAAGCAAUUAACAACUCUUUAGUGGCUUUACAGGAGCAGUGGUCAGCUUUGUUAUCUCGUAUGAUUGAAACUAAGAACUUAUUAGAUGAUUCAGUUACUAAAUGGGCUGGUUUCUUAGAACAAAUACAACUGAUACAAAAGAGUAAUACAUGGCUCGAAGCCAUGCUAGCAGAGUUGACGCCGUACGAAUCAUCUAUGACGGAUAAACGAGCACAACUUGAGAAACUAAAAGAGGUAGAAGAAAAAGCUCGUUGUGACCGUUUAGAGGUUGAUACUCUAAAAUCUAAGGCUGCCGAAAUGUUAGCUAGUGGUCAACAAAAUCAAGCUGCAUCUAAAGCACAAGAAACACUGAAUAAAUUUGACACUUUAUAUGAUAAAGUAAAGAAACUAUUAGCUGAUCGCGAAGAACAAUACAAAGAUCAUAGAUUAUACAAAGAAGCUCAUGAUGAACUGAUUCAGUGGCUAGGCAGAGCAAGGGAAAAGGUGCCUUCAUUAAAAUCUAAGCCCUUAAGUGAUAAGCUAGCAAUAGAGAACUCAGUUGCUCCUCUUGAAGCUCUGAUAAAUAAGCAAGCACAAGGUGAAUUAUUAUUAGAACAUCUUCAACAUACUGGCGAAGUUGUACUUGCGAGCACGUCACCGGAAGGACAGGUAGUUAUUAAAAAUGAGAUGAAAGCCCUAAAGGAAAGCUUUGAUCAAUUAUUUAAUGAAAUUAAACAACAAAAAAGUCAAUUGGAAGAUGUUGUUAAUCAAUGGCGAGAAUAUAAAGAUGAGUAUGAAAGAUUAUCUGACUGGCUGCAACAAAAAGAAAUUAUUAUCAAAAAUCAUAAACUUGCUCUAUUAGGUACAGCAAAGGAGAAAGGAGCUCAAGUGAAUGAUGUCAAGGAAAUAGUUGAUCAGUUACAUAAAGGAAAGAUUGAAAUUGAAAAAUUCAAUGCUUCAGCUUCAGGUCUACUAUCGUCUCAUUUGGAUACGUAUGUCAACAAUCAGUUAAGACAUUUAAAUUCAAGGUACCAAGUUUUAGUUAAUAUGGCUAAUGAUGUUCUUAAAAAAGUAGAAACUAAUUACGAACAACACAAGAAUUACGAUGAAAAUUAUGAAAAAACAAAGAAGUGGAUAAAUGAUGCUUGGGAUAUAACGCGUAGUGGAAGCGAAGCAGGUAGUAAUAGUAGUAAAGAGGCUUUACAGAAACGCUUAGAGCAAAUCGAAGAUCUCUUGAAACGUCGCGAAGAAGGCCAGAAUCUUGUUCAUGCGACUGUAAAUAGUGGAGAAAAAGUUCUAAGAAAUACCAGGUCUGACGGUAAAGAUAAAAUCAACAAUGAACUCAAAGAACUUCAAAAUGAAUGGGAUCGUUUAGUGAAAAAGAUGACUACAGCUAAGGUGCACCUUGAAACUGCAAUGUUGCAAUGGGCAGAUUAUAGUUCAAGUUACUCUCAACUUCAACAAUGGAUCUCCGACAGAGAGGCAAAACUACAAGAAGUGUGCGAACAAAAAUUAGCUAAGACUAAAAAAAGUCAGGAUCGCCAUGCAGGUCUCACAACAGGUCUUAGUCUUGGUGAAAGAAAAGCUACACUUCGUCAAACAAAUAAUAUCGUUCAGGAUAUUGUUUCGUUUGAACCCAUGAUACAGUCUGUAACUUCUAAGGCUUCGGAACUUAUGCAACAAGCUCCGGCGUCUGAAAUUACCAGUAAAUAUGAAAAUCUGUCUAAGCAAGCUAAAGAUUUAUAUGAAAAACAGAAAGAAACUGUUGAACAACACCAGGUAUUUAUCGAUGCUGGUACAGAUUUCGUCCAAUGGAUAAGGGCUGCUAAAGAAAAGUUAGGAAAAUGUUCAGAUGCAACUGGAGACAAGGAAUCUUUGAGCAGCAAAAUAUCGCAGCUAAAAGUUUUGGAAAGUGAGUUACCCGAGGGACAAGCGAAGCUACAAAAAGCUUUGGAACAGGGAGAGAUAUCUUGUGGUCUCGCUGAUGACGAGGAUAGAGAGGAUAUAGAAGAGGAAGUAGCUCUUAUGCAAGAAGAAUACGAUACCUACGUAGAACAACUCAACAACACUAAGGCUUUGAUCGAGGGUGGUAUCGUGAAAUGGACAGAAUACGAAGAGCAAUACAAAGAAGCCUUGGAUUGGUUGUCUAAGACUGAGAAACUGGUGCAAUCCUUCAACAAACUGCAGAAUAACUUAGAACAAAAGAAGGUUGUUCUAGAAGAAUUCCAGGGACACCUCCAAACUCUAUUCGAUUGGCAAGCUGAGUUGGACAAGCUUAAUGUGCGUGCACAAUUACUGCUAGAGACUUGCUCAGACACGAGAGUAUCUAACGGUAUUACGCAGCUUACAACGAAAUAUAAUGCAAUACUGUCAUUAGCUAAGGAGGUGAUGAAGAGGCUUGAACUGCAUUACCAGGAGCACCAACAACAUAAUGCCCUAUACGGAGAAUGCCAAGAUUGGCUUGACAGGACAAGAGAAAAGUUAAAUCAAUGCGCAGAAAUACCGAACACACUGCAAGAAGUCAACAACAAACUUAACACUGUGAAACUUCUUCGUCAAUCGUUGGAACAGGGACAAAACAAAUUAAGAUACCUUCUAGAGCUGAAGGAGAAAGUCAUAAUGAACACUGAACAGACCGGCGCAGCGAAGAUACAAGAAGACACAGAUAAUCUUAAGCAAGAGUUUGAUAAGCUCAUCGCUGAUUUGCAAGACGUUCGUAACAAGUUGACGAACAGGGCAUCGCAAUUUGAUGAUAUUUCAAAGGUUCAAAAGUUACUGGUAGAGUGGCUUGAUGAUAUCGAUCAGAAAAUCCAAUCAGAUGACUCCCUUUUAAAUGAUUUGUCGGAGAAGAAGGCUAAGUUAGAGAAGUUUAAAACCUUCAAUAGAGACAUCGACUCGCACAAAGAUUUAGUUAACAAACUGAAUGAAAAACUUCAAGAAGACUCCUCUUUGAAGUCGAAAGACAUUGAAGAUACGUUAAAACGAUAUGACGACAUCAAGAAGACUGUAAAUGAUAUGAUUAACAAACUUGAAGAUUUUGUUAACUCCCACAUUCAGUACAAGGAGUCGUAUGACAGUUUCUAUGACUGGAUCCGUAACUGCAAAAUCGAAAUACAGCAAUGCUCCGAUUCUCAUGGUGCUAAAGAAGAUGUUCAGAAAAAACUCAAAAAUGUUAAUAAGAUCAUUGGAUCUUUACCUAAAGGAGAGGCCUUACUCAAAAAGGCCAUUCAGUUAAGCGAAGCCGUACUCGAAACAACUGGCAAUGAAGGUAAAGAUAAUAUCAACCAGGAAAUAAAACAGUUAAAGAUAGAAUGGGAGAACCUGCAGCAAAUAUGUAAAGAUACGAAGAAAUUGCUAGAGAAAUGCUUAGCAGCAUGGUCUGACUUCAUGGAGACGUUGGAAAAAAUGACUAAAUGGGUUAAAGAUUUCGACGCUAAAUUGAAAACUGUUGAAAAGGUUGACAAAAUUACACCAGAGUAUUUGGACAAAUGUAGAGACCUUCUGGCUCAAGCAUUAGCAAAUAAACACGUUUUGGAAGAGCUUAAUGAUAGAUGCGAAAACCUAAUGGAGCUUAGUGCUUGUGCUUGGGUUCGUGAUAAGACGGUGAACCUUCAAACUGAAUACACGCUUUUAUUGACUAAGAUUCAAGGACUUGUUUCCAAUGGCGAAAAGAAUCUUUCAGAUCACACUGAAUUCAUUAAAGCAAAGGAAGAACUACAACGUUGGUUAGAAACUGCUCACGGAACAGUCCACGAUUCAAUCGGUGUUGGAGAUAUUGACACAACGAAAGAUAAAUUGGAAACUGUAAAUCUAGUCAGUAAUAGAAUGACCGAAGGACAUCAUUUAUUAGUGGUCUUACAAGAAGCAUUUAAAAAGGCUCUUAACAACACUCCUCCAGAAGAACAGGAUGGUCUUCGAAAUGACGUCAAAAUUUUACAAGAAAGCUGGGACCAGCUUAAGAUUGACUUGAAUUCUAUAACCGCUCAGCUCAAAGCUGCAAUCGGUAAAUGGGAAGAUUUUGAAGAUUCAAAGGCUAAAAUGAACAAAUGGAUCAAAGACACAGAACAAAAUCUCGACAAAGUACCUCCAACAGGUGGUGAAUUAGGUGAAAUGAAGACAUUACUUGAGAAAUAUAAACAUAUCGAGGACGAAAUUAAAAACAAGGCACCCGAAUUAGAACGUCUUAAGUGUGAGGCGGCUGAACUCAGCAGUUGGGCUAGGAAACCAGCUGUGAAGAAAGCCGUUGCAGAAAUAGAGAAGAAAUGUGAUGCAUUAAAAACAAAAUGUGCAGCGAAAAAAGCGGAACUUGAAUCCGAAAUUAAAGACUACAACCUAUACCACCAAUCGUUACAAGAUACAGAAAAAUGGCUUUUGCAAAUAUCUUUCCAACUUAUGGCUCACAACUCAUUGUAUAUAGCAAACCGCGAGCAAACAGAAGAGCAGCUAGCCCAACACGCUGUAUUAUUGGAUGAUAUUCAGAAGUAUCAAUCUACACUGGACGACUUAGAGGCUAAGGGUCAUGCUCAAAUUGAACGUUACGAAGCUACCACUCCAUCAAUACGUGAUACUGUCGGAAAGCAGCUGAAAAAUGUUAAUGAUAGUCACAAGAGUCUACUGGCUACUGCGCUACAGAUUGAGCGUCGUUUAAGAGAAGGUCUCGCUAAGUUCAAGGAGUACGAGGAUACCUUAGAAAGCAUUUUGAACAAUUUGGACGAAUGCGAACCCGCCAUCACUGAACUGGAUGUGCCCGUGGAUGGACUAUCACACGGACGAGAUCUUCUCGAAAAAGCCAGGGCGCUGCACAACCGGCUACAAACGGAGAAGUCCCGGCUAUCUGCGGCGGUGGCAGCGUGCUCGGCUGCGGCCGCGUCUGUGUCUCGUCCGUCAUCGCCGGCGGACUCUGCGCCGCUGCCCGUACCACCGCGUGAGCUGCACGUGCGCGCGCGCCUCGAGGACCUCAUUGACCAGGUACAAAGCCAUCUUGAAACAUUACGGGAUGCUGUUAGCGGUAUGGAAGAUGCCAUGAAACAAGUGCUUGAGAUCCAAGACUGGAUUAAUGUUCACAAUGCCUUAGCUAAUGAAUGGCUUUCCAACCCAUCGAAAUUGCGUCCUGAAGCCGCUAAACAAGAUAUGGCAGCGAUGAAUGAUGCUUUAGCAUCUCUGGCUGAGAAGAGGAACAGACUACUCACGGAGAUACCUACUGAAGGACUAGAAGAUGAAAUUAACCUUGAAGAAGAACUGGAGAAUUUAGAAAAAACUAUCCUCCAAGCAAUUGAAAGAGAAAAGGGCAACCAAGCGAUAAUAGACGCCUUCCGUAAUAAGUGUCAAGAAAUUCAUGAUUGGUUUGACUCUGUACUUAAGAAGAUGUGUUUAGCCGAUAAAGGAUCUGGUUUACCUUGUCCACAAAAGUUAAAUGCUCUCAAAGAAUUGUCUUCGGAAUUUGGUCAGGCCGGCAAAGAUAAAGUAGACAGUAUCAAGACUGUAGGAUCACAGGUUAUUAACAUAGUUAGCAAUCUUGAGUCUCAGCAAGUAGAAGAACAAAUGAAGUCAGUUGAGAGGAGGUAUAACGAUAUCGCUAAACGUAUUCAGCGUAAAUUACAAAUGCUUGAAAUCACCUACAAAGCUAUUGAUGGUACAAAGAGUGAAGUAGCUGCUCAGAACGAAUGGAUGCAGAAAGAAAUAGACAAUAUCCUUCAUCCUGAACCUCUCGGAUAUGACAGCAAGUCAGUGAAAGAAAAACAAAAGAAGGUAGCUAACUUACUUAAAGAGACAGAUGGCAAGAAAACUGUUAUCGAUUCUUUGGAAAAGAAGGUCAGCAAUAUUCAAUCAGAGCUUGAACCUUCUGAACAAAUGCAAUUAGAGUCAGAACUAUCUGAACUAGCCUCUAAACAAAAGCAACUUGCUACAUUAAUAAAACAAGAAAUAGAAAGACUGGGUGGAUGUGCUGAUAUAAGGAAAAAAUUAGAAAAUGAUAUUGAGAAAGCUAAGAGUUGGCUCAAGACUAAACUAGCAGAAAUCAAAAAGCUAGGUGGCCCAGUCCCUCUAGAAGUGUCAAAGGUUGAGAAAGAAAUUGCAACUCACAAAAAACACCAGAGUGAACUGUCUGACUUCCAUAACGAUUCACUAACAGAAGUUAUGCGUCAAGGUAACGCUGUAUCGAAGGAUUGCUCAAGCGAUAAUAGAGCUAAACUUCAAGGCAUUUUAGAUGAUUUGAAUAAAUCAUACACAUCUGCUAAAGUAGACAUUGAUGAUAAACUUGCAGCGUUGAAUAAAUUAUUACAAGGUAGAAACGAGUUUGAAGCGGAUGUAGCUAAGUGCCAAAGCUGGUUGAACGAAGCUGAAGUUGCGGCAACUCCUGAAUUACGAACAACGAGUCUUCAAUUGUUGGAAGAACAACUAGCCAAGUUCCAAAAACUUAGUAAGGAAGCUGAAGACGUCGAAAAGAAUAUCAAAAAAAUCAAAGACAAAUCCAAAGACAUCAUGGAAACAUUAUCUGAUUCAAACAAAUUACAGCUUAAAGAGCAAGUCAACGUACUAUCCGAUAGAUUUGCGAGGAUCAAUGCUAUUAUAAAUGAUAAGAAGAAUAUUCUUCUUAAACAUAUCAAAGAAUACAAAGAUGCUGCAGCCAAGAUUGCUGCUGCUUUGGAGUUCCUUAAUGACAUUCAAAACAAACUUAAGGCAUUAAACAAACCUAUAGGCAGUAAAGUUGAAGACGUUCAACCUAUUAUUCAGGCUUACGAAUCUAUAUUAGAUGACCUCAAGAAAAACAAAUCUAUGCUCAAUGAAUUACAAGGUGGCAACCUACAUGAUCUUCAAGACAUUUUGUCUAAGCAAGAUGAACUAAUGGGAACAAUAGAAGAUCAAAUUUCUAAACUCAAGCAACUUCUGCUAUUACGUGAACAAUUCUUUGCCCUUGUAAAGGAAAUUGAGGACUUCAUCUCUAAAUAUACGGACCUGACAUCUGAAAUUGAAAAGUCAAAUGACACAUUAGAAGACAAAAUAAAACGUUACGAUGAUAUAAUUGGAAAAAUUCAAGGUUGUGAAGCCUUGUUGGCAACAGCAACUGAUAAAGGUCAACAGAUUGCAGCAGAAGGCACGGUUAUCGACAGAAACAAUAUUACUGAACUGUUACAAUCUCUAAAACAACAACUACUAACACUAAGGAGGAAUGUUGAAGCUAAACGACAAGAACAUGAACGGGCGGCAGCUGAGCACAAGAAACUGGCAGCAGAUUUAUCUGAAAUACUGCAAUGGCUUCACGACAAUGAAGCUGUAGUACAUUCAAGACCACUACUGAACAGAGAUGUUGCUAGCGUUGACAAGAAACUCAUCGAGCACGCAACACUUGCCAAAAAUAUUCAGUCAUAUUUGGAUAAAUUUUCGAAAAUCGCUGACGUUAUUAAAAAUGACGACGGCGUCCCCGGUUCGUUGCUAGAAAUGCUAUCAGAAGGUAAUUCUCUGAAAACAUCACUGCCCGCUGAAUUAUCAAACAGAGAAAAACACUUACAAGACAAUAAGAAAUAUAGACAACAGUAUCAACAAAUGGUAGAGAAAUUAAACUUAUGGGUGAACGAAGCGGCCGUACGACUCGGAAUGGGUAAAAACGGAACAGACUUCGAGAACAUCGAGGCUGAUUUAGAAGAACAUAAGACAUUCUUCAACACUUCAGAGCCUGAAAUGAAAGAUUUGGUUGGAAAACGUAUGCAAGAUAUAGUGGACAAAAUUUGGCCAUCACUCACAUCAUCCGAACAAGAGGAACUGUCCAAAGAACACCAGAAACAUAAUCAACUGUUGAAGAAUACGCUCAACUCAGCCAAAUCUCGCCAAGCUCAGCUAGAACAGGACUUAGAGAUCUGGAAGGACUUCUGCCAGCUCGUAGAGAAGAUAAAGGCAAUAUUGGACAAGAACGAUAUCAAGGAGGAACCAGUGACGUCAGUCGACAUGCUACGAAUGUACGUUGAAAAGUUGAACCACGCCAAGAACGAUCUGGAGAAUCAACAGCCGCUUCUCGACGUCGUUCGGGAGCGUGCUCGUGAGCUGUGCAGCGGCGCAGACGCAGCCAGCGGGGAACGUGUCGAACACAAGACCAGAGAUCUAGCUGAUAGAUGGAAUGUCGCCUGUGAAGGUUUAGCUAAACGCGCAGCGUCGGCAGACAGCCAGUUGCAGCGCUGGAACCAACUUUUGGAUACUCAACGAAGUCUAGCCGCGGCUGUCACGGCUGCCAGUGACCGCCUGCGACAGUUGGACGCCAGCCCUGCUACUAGGCGACGUGCGUUGGACACCAGGCAUGCACUGCAGGAGUUACAAAGCGAGGUGUCAAGUCUAGAAGAGACCAGGGACGAUCUGUUGGAACACGCGGACUUCGUGGUGUCUCUACUCAAACCACACUCUAAGGACGUAGCCGCUGAGAACGAGAGGAAUGUCAAAGAACUGGUGGAAGCUUAUGAGAAAUUGCGACAGACUCUUGCGGCGAGACUCGCGGAGAUCGACGAAAUUGUUUCCGAAUUUGAUCGAGUAUCGGAGAAGAUCGAGAAACUCCGACAGCAGAUCGAAGUUUAUAUAGCCAAAGUCGGAACUUUCUACGUAUUUGGGGAGGACAACGAAGCAGAGAUCCGCAAUCUUGCCGAGCAAGUUUCGGAUCUGGUGAAAAAGACGAAAACCUUCACCGAGGAGAGCGGGAAGCGGUACGGAGGCUCCGCGCCCGCGGACGUGGCGCAGGAGCUUUCCGCACUAGAACUGUCUGCGGAGGCACUUGCCGCUGCAAUGGAGGAGAAGGAAAGGGAAUGGAAGCGCGCACGCACCGCUCGUGGAGAAUACGCGAGUGAUGUGGAGGGCGUACAGGCUUGGGUGCGAGCGGCCGAAGUCACGGCUCGUGAGCGCACGCUAGCGCCGGAACCUUACCGCGAGCGCCUGGUGGCCACGCGUGCUGAGAUACCCGCCGUAGCAGACCGCUUAGAGCAUCUUGCCCGCAACGCGCGUGCUAUCAUAGAAGGCAGCCGCGACUCCGGCGAGCGCCACCUGAUCCAGUCUACCGUCUCUGUGCUGUCAGAGCAGUUUUCUGCGGUGUGCAGCGAGCUCGAAGCGCGGCAAGCGGCCGUCGAGGAUGCCUGCGAUGCCGUGGCUAGAUUUUUGGCCUUAUUAGAGAAAGUUCUGCUUUGGGUUGAGACACAACGUGCGUUCCUAGCGCGGCCGUUGCCAUUGGCCGACUUGCAGGAAGCGCAACAGAAACAGACUGAAUAUGGGAAUGCCCUUAAGAGUUGUAAGCAACAAGCUAAAAAUUUAGCAGAUAUGACUAAAGAGUUAGAAGCCAUAGAGCGCGUGACGAGUCCAGGCGACCUACCUUCUAGGCUAGAGGCUGCCGAAAAUGCAACAGUCGACGUGGAAAAACGAUUAGCCAAAACAAAUGGGUUACUCCAAGAAUUAGCUGAGGAGUGGGAGCGAUGCGAGAAAAAACUAAAAGACGUCGGACAUUGGCUCGAGGCAACGACGAGAACAAUCGAGGCUCCGCAGAAUGCUAAAAAACCUUUACGAGACAGACUAGGUCUCAGAGAAAAGUUAAUAAACGACAUAUCGACGCAAAAAACUAAGAUUUCCUACGCAGUCGAAAAACUGAACGUACACUUCGGACCCGACGGCGUCGCGGCGCAGUCGCGCGCGCCCGAGGGCGUGCAGGUGGCGGCGCGCGAUCUAGUGGCAGCUCUGGACGCGCUGGCGGCUCAGACUGGCGCUCAAGCCGCACAGCUCGGAGCUGCACUGGCUCAGCUCGAGGCGUACUGUGCCGACGUGGCACGUCUACGCGCGCAACUGCUUCAGGCCGAACAGCAAUUACGCCACGCCGCGCAGCCCAACUACAGCCCGCGUGACCCCGAGAGGGCCGCGACGCAUCAGCAGGAGGUCGGGCGGCGAAUCGAAGAGCUGACUCGGUGCAUCUACGAGAUCGACCCGUACUUCGCCAUGCCGACGGGUGACGAGGACCCGGCCGCCACUCUGGCCAUGCUCGUGUGUAGCGCCGACAGCGCGCGCGCCAACCGCCGGCCACGCUCACCCGAGCGGCGGUCGCGCGCGCUCGCCCCACCCACCGUGCCCGCCUGGCUGCCGGGCGGCACCACCUACGCCGAGAUAGUGAAAGGUCACGGAUCGCGCUCCGCCUCACCAGCUGACCGCCCUGCGAGCGCUCAACGGCUCCUCACGCGCAGAAUGCGAUAUGAGCCGAUAGAAACGCGAGAGCGCUCCCGGUCAGGAGACGCGAGUUCCGAUGACAAGAAUCAGAGUGAAAUUAUCAGUGUGGUGCAACCUCGCUCUCCUACCGAUUACCCGGUCGAGUCUUGUGAGCCGAAAGGCAUCAGUGAGAUCGUGUGCGAAAUAAGUGAGUGCGAUCUGAUCGCCAGUGAUGCAAAUGUUGUAUAUGUCACCGAAACGAGUGAAUUGCACGACUAUUACUCUGGGCAGCCUGAAAAAUAUGAAGAUAGUGAAAUGAAACUAAUAUCACAGGAAUCUCCUCAGACCGAAUCAAGUUCAAUAGAGAUAUCGGCCAAGGAAUGUAAAGCACAUGAUUUGUCCUAUGCGGAAAUUCUAGCCCUAGGAUUACGCAAACAAGUAAAGACGCAAAGUAUCGUCUCCAUGGCAAAACCACAAGUUGCACAAGUCGAAAUGGUAAAAGAAAUUGUCGUUGAAGUGGAAAAAUGUCCAUCUGUACCUUAUGAAGCAAAAGUUCAGACAAAGGAUUCGUUGAAAACAAAAAUUGAUAGGCCAGAGAGACCAUCUCAACGAAGUCGAUCUAGAGAUAUGCCUAGGCAACGUAGAGCUCCCGAAAAACGUCCUACAAAGGCUCAUGAUGUGCAAAUGUUAAAAAAGAAGAAAUUGUCGAAAAAAGUAAUAGAAGUUCAAGACUUUGAUGAUACUGCAGAUGUUUUGGAAAUAGAUAAACCUUCUGCUGAACUACAAUUUUCGAAAAUUUCGGAAGAAAUUAUAUAUAAAAAAUAUGAAGAUAAGUCCCAUCAGACUAUAAAAGAUUGUGUAAAAGAAACUGAUGAUACAAAUGUAGAACAUUUAACAACACACACAGACAAUGUACAAGAAACCGAACAAAAGAGAACUAAAAAGAAACAAAAACCAAAAAAAACAAAAAGUGCAGAAGAUGAGAUCGAAAAAGCACUUAAAGAAAUUGAAGAAUCAGAUAAACAUAAAAAGAAAAGAGUCAAAGACUUACGAGAUAAGAGCAAAGAUGCCAUGGAUAAUAAAGAUAUAUCAUAUACUUCUACAACGCAUGAAUUAAAAGUAGAGCCUAAAGAAACUGAUAUAUCUAAUAAAAAUAAGAAAAAGAAAACUCAGAAAAGUUUGCAAGAAAAGUUGAAGAAACACUUACUAUCUGAAACGGAAACAGUUGAAAGUGAAGAUAAAUCUCUGAAACAUACUAAACAGAAAAUCUUGCAAGAUUGUGAAAAAGAUUUGACCGCAGGCGUUAUUUCAGAAAUAUUAAAAUCUUCACAUAUGUCUGAAAGCCUAUUAGAAAAAGAUAAAACUUCGGAUACUUCUAAGAUAGACGACUUAAAAUCUGACGUAAUUAAUAAGGAAAACUUACUUCUUAACACCUCAGUCGAUAUCAACGUCUCGGAACAUAAAUCUAAACAUGAUGAUUUAAUAAAAUCAGACGAUAAGCAAUCAACAUCACAAACUGAUUUUGAUGUUAUUCCUUCAAAGACUUCUGAAAACGUAUCUUUGUAUGAAGAAGAAAAUGAUACAUCUAAUAUUGAAAUCGAAACAAUAAAACAAAAGAAGAAGAAGAAAAACAAAAAGAAUGAUGCUUCAUUACGAGAAAAUAUAACUGAAGAAAUAAAAACUUUUUCUCAAAUCGGAGACGUUCAUAAAACAUUUAAUGUUAUUGAAAAGCAAUUAAGCGAAACUGAUAAUUUAACGGUGGUUGAUAAUUUUAUCGCAACUGUAGAAGAGAAACAACUAAGUGGUGUUGUUCCUACAGUAGAAAAUUUAAUGGAACAUAAGAGGAAACCAAAGUCAAAAAAAUUAAACAAACAAUCAGAACCAGAAGUAUCUAUGGUAGAAACGGAAAAGGAAUCUGAAACAUUGAUUAUGGACGAGCAAUCAUGCAAAGAUACUAAAUCUAACAAAAAGAAAUCUAAGAGCAAAAAAAUCAAGUCUACGGUUGAUGAUGAAAUAGAUGCAGCACUAAAAGAAAUUGAGCAAAAAGAUAAAUCUAAAAAAGAAAAAGGACAUAGAUCUAAAGAAAUAAAAAAUGAUCCCGCUAUAGAUCAGCAGCCUAAAAAGACUGGCGCUGAGACUAUAAAUACGUCAGAUUUUACACAGCACGUGGAAGCUAAUAACUCUAACCUUGUUACCAAGAAUGUACCAGAUGCUGUAAAAAGCAGCAUUAUAACGAUGGACUGGAAUACAUUAAUGGCAGAAGAAGACAAAAUCACAGAAUCUGCUAUUGAACCAAUAAAUGAACCUGAUCAAGAGUGCAAAAUCUCAAGCAGAUCCGUAACACACGUUGCGUCUGAAGUAACUAUUUUACAAGAAAUAUCAAAUCCUCUUAAAGAUAAAAAUGAUAAACUCGAAGACCAUGUGUCUUCUGAUAUAACUGUACAACCAGACGAAGAUAAAGGCUUAGGCAAAGCAAACGAAUCGUUAGCAGGAAAUAUUGAAACUAUAGCUACAUCUAUUAGUGAACAAAAUAAUAAUGAUAAAUUCUUUUCAACUGAUGCACAGAAAGAGCGUUCAGUAAAUGUUGUUGAAGAAACAACUGUAUAUAAACCAGUUGAUCAAGAACUAGAAACACGUAAAAUUUAUCUUAUUACUCACGAAGAGAAAAGGCUACCUCCUAUUAGAACUGUUAAAGUGUUCAAUAGCAAAUGUAAUUCCUUAGAAGAAACAUCUUUGGAAGAAAACAAGGAUGCAAAUAUACCAACAUGUCUCAGUGCAGAUGAAAAUAAAUCGAUUGAUAAAACAUGCAACUUUAAUAAAGAUGUAAUUGAAUCAAUGUCAGAAGCUAAAAAUAUAGAAUCGGUUAGUGAUUCACUGACUGAUAAAAUAAUUGUGAAAGAACAAAGUCUUAACGAAUCAGUCAAAGAAAUGCAUGACGUGGAUAAUUUGGUAAAACAUGACUAUAAAUCAGAAGAUGUUACUUCAAAAAGUGUUUCAUUGAACCUUCACGGAGAUGUUAGAAGUGCAGGAUUAAUGGAAAAUAUUAAAACUAAUACAACUGAUGAGUUAAACCAAACAAAAAUGAUGUAUGAAAAUGUUGAGGAAGAUGGAUCACAAGACAUUGUCGAACAAAUCAUAUUUGGAUCCGUACAAGAACGCAAAAGGCAUGUUGAAAAUACUAAAGGAACCCCUUUUAUUGAAUUGUAUGCAGAAAUUAAGCCUUAUGCAAUUGGUCUUGACUAUCAAAUUUUGGAGUACAAUUACUAUGAAUUUGUUUUAAAUGAACAAAAUAAACAGAAGUUAGAGCUUAAAGAGUUACAAACCACAAGCUCAGAAACUGAAAGAUCACAAUUGUUAAACCAUGAACAGCCUAGCGAGCUUUCUGCUUUAAGUAUAGAUGUUAACGAUGACGUUGAAAGUAGUUUAUACGUUCCGUCCCAACAAAAUAAUAUGUCAUGCUCGAACUACCAAGAAUUACAAAAUUCAAAACAUCAAUAUGCACUUUUGCUAACUGAUAAUUCAUCAGUAAAAUCUCUUGAACAAUCUAAUAAUGCAGAAAUUUCGCACGAAGAAAGUGAUAAAAUUGAUAAACCAAAAGAAAAUACAAGAGUUAUUAACAUGAUAUCCGAACAACUAAGAUACAACUAUCAAGAAAUUACUGAUGGUGAAAAUUUAUUAGGAAAAAUUAAAUCAAAAGAAAUGCGUAAUAUUAAGGAAACAGUAGAAGGAGCAGAACUUGAUUUAAAUAAAAAAGAAACAGAAAAAAUAGAAGUUGUUGUAUGUGAUAGUAAUGUUGUUGCUCAUGAACGUAACGAUGACGUUAUAAGUAAUUUACAAAAUGAUAAUGCUAUAACAAAACUUACAUGUCAAGUAUUUGAACCACUGCAUCAAAACUACCAAAAUAUUGCUGAUGCGGAAAAUUUACUUGGCUUAACAAAGGCACAUGGAAUUGUUCAAAAUGCAGAAAUAAAAUUCCCUGGAAACGAAAUGACAAGAAAUUAUGUUCCUGUCCAGGAACCACGACAGAGUUAUCAAGAAAUUGCUGACGCAGAAAAUAUUUUUGGAAUAAUAAAAUCACGCGAACAAAGUCCAGCUGUAAAUGAACCAGUAAAAAAAUUAAAUAAUAAUAUUAACGAAUUAUUACUUAAUCUAAGCCAUCAACACGAAAUUCCAAGACAUAAUUAUCAAGAACUAGUAGACGCAGAACGAUUAUUAGUGACCAUCCAAAUUAAUAAAUUACACGACACAACCGAAAAAGCUGACUUAAAACAGGAUUUAGAACAGUCUGUAGUUACAAGUGAUAAGCCUUUGCCUGAGUACAAAAUUUGUGAAACUACAAAGCCUAAAUCUUUAUCAACGGAAAAAUAUUUCACAGUGGACACAGCUGUUUUCAACUACCACGAAUUAAAAGAUGCUGAGAUGUUAUUAGCAACAAGUACUGAAACUACUGUAGAUUCGGAAAUUAAAUCAUCCGAAUUAAAUGUAUAUCCUUAUGGAAUACAGGAUCAAGAAUGCACUAAAGUAUUGGAAGAUAAGGAACUAGUUGUGUCUAAAAGCAAAUCAUCUAAUAUAUAUCAAAAAACUUUGUCUCAAGAAAAAGAAGACAGUAAUGUCGAGGAAGUUUCAAGAAUAUGUGUGGAUGAGUCUGCAACUAAUGCAGUUAGUAAAGAAAUACCAAAAAAUAAUGAAGGAAUUGUAAACGAAGAUACAGUUUUUGAACAGAUAAUUCAAGAAAAGAUUAUAGCAGAAAAAACAGACAUCGAAAAUAUUAUAGAUGUCGUUUCCCAUGAUAGUCCUAAAACACCAAAAGAAAUUACGGAUUCACUUGUGCCCAUGGUUUAUGGUGUUAAGACUAAUAUAGAAGAGACAUUACAAGUAAAGGAGACACCAACUACUAUUGAUACAGUAUUGGCCAUUGAUGAUGAUGAUGAUGAUGAUGAUGACGAAUUUGUUUUGGUAGAUAUGGUAGGAGACAAACCACAAUCUUGCUUGUUGAUUUCUGAUAAAAAAAUAGAUUUUGAAAAAGGAAAUUCUUCAGAAUUAGUUGAGGACGCCAUUAAAUUGAUCGAUGAAACAAUUGAAGACGUUACAAUAUUAACUAGUACUCUUGAUAAUGUGGUUCAGGAGAGUCCAAUAUCUGAUAAAAAUGCCGCUUUUGAAAUAUUUGAGGACAAAAAAUUAAGUUCAGUUGAGACUUUAAAGAAUCUUGAAACAGCAGUUGAUAUUGAAGCUGAUUAUGAAAUAGUUCCAGAAGCUAGCACAGUGCAACAAGAAGAACAAUUUUCGCAAAUAUUUACUGAUAUGAAAAAACACUCUGAACCUGACUCUAUCUCGGCUGCAUUCAUUGAAGUCGAAAAAAGUAGUGCUUUGCCCGAAUCUAAAUGUUUUACUUCUCAAUCUGACGAUACGCAAUACCCACCUUAUGAUAUAAAAAGUACGGAUUCUAAUAUUAAAAUAAAAUCUGCAUUAGAGCCUAAUACUAAAACAAUAAGCGAUGAUUCUACUAAAAAUGAUACUAAUGUUACGGAAACCUUGAUUCGUUCUGAAAAAUCUCCUAUUCACAGUUUGCAUGAUCUACUUCCUGAAAUUGAUUCCAUUCCUGAAUUUAAACCCUCCUACUCGAACACUGUUCUGUACUCAAAUUUAUCAGCUGAUGCACCGGAAUUCACCCCUUCUUAUAUGUAUCAAUCCACUGAUGCAACUGUAUCUAAAAAUAAAUCACCUGAUACCAUUGAGCAAGAUAAUAGUUCUAAACAACCAGAACAAGGAAAUAAAUCUACAGAAUCAAUACUUUUACGUUCAGAAGAUACUGUGGUGUCUGCUAGUAUUACGUAUUCAUCAGUUUUAGCCAAAACUCCAAAAGAUCUAAAGGAAUCCAAUAUGCCUGAAAAAGAAAAUUUACAAGGCAUAAUCAAAGAUGAAACUAUAGUUCUUCAAGAAGAACAUGUUGAAACAAAAUCAAAACGAAGUAAGAAAAAGAAAAAGGAAGAUAAAAAGAAUUUCCCUAGAGCACAAAGCACUGAGAAAGAUCAACAGCAGACCCCUAGUGAGAUGGCACCUACUUUGGAGCCAGUCAAUGUUUGGGCUAAGGCAGCAGAAGAGGGUAAAUCGUAUGCAGAAGUUGUAGCUGAAGGUAUAAUAAUAUUAGAACAAAAAGAACCAGAAAUAAUUCAACCUGCAUUUGAAGAACCUAUUCAAUCUAUUAUAAAAUCAAAUGAAAGUAAUGUUAUGGAAGUAGACGAAGAAACCUUAAAAAAUAAUGAUGAAAAUCUUAGUUCCUGGGCUAAAAUAGUAGCAAGUAGUAGACCAUCACCUGAUAGAACACCGAAACCAGAAACUAAACAACAAAAAAUAAUUCAAACACAUGAAUACAAAGCACCUGUUAUAUUAGUUGACGAAUCUGAUACCGAUUUUCAUACAUCGGAUUUACAAGUGGAUGCAGAAGGGUUCAUUAAAGUGGAUAGAAAUAGAAGAUCAAGAUCAAGAUCCAGGGAGUGUCGUUCAACGUCAGUUACAAGAGUGCCUACACAAAAAACAAUUGCUCGCGAUAAGUCCGAAAAUAGAUUUGAUGCAUUGACGAGUACUUUAAAACCGGAAGAUGAAAACAUUCAGAGUAGUUUGUCAGAUGAUGAAAAAGAAUCUUUAACAAAAGAAAGAAAAAGUCGUCCAACAAAAGCUAAAGAAGAAAAAGUCAAUCCUCCGUCAAAAAUGUCUUUAAGCACAUCAGAUGAAGAAAAACCGUCAGUAAAAAAAGAUAUUAAGAAACGAUCACCAAAAUCGAGAGAAAAAUCAAAUAAGUCAAUAGAAAAUAUGGAUAUUCAAUUAGAAGAUAAUGUAGAAGAAUCUCAGACUUUAAAAGAAUCUCCCGAAAAACAUAAGAAAAGUAAGAAAAAGAAGAAGGACAGGAAACCAGAAAACAAAUCAUCUUCUACUGACAUAACAGUUACAUCAUCUUCUACAGAAAAGAGUUCAACAAAACAUGAUCAUAAAGAUCAACGCCACAGAGUUGUAAAAACUCCAGUAUCGACGCCUGAAUCUCAGCAAACACCUAUUAAAGAUAGAUUAUAUUCAGAAGCUCAGUUUUGGAAAGUUGGUCCAAGUGAGUUAGAGUUAAGCAAUUUAGCUGAGAGUUUAACAAUUGAAGUUACUGAGGGCAAUUUUGAAGAGGCGCAAUUCACUCUUAGUGAAAAUUCUUCUAAAAAUAUUCGUAAUGAUGAUGAUCUUAUUUUUAAAGAUACUGAGGUUUCUAAUAAAAAUAUUGGUUCAAAGGAAAAUAACUCCAAAGAGAGAGGAGACUUUGAAAUUCAAACACCUAUCGUAGAAGAAAAUAUUUCUGAUGAGCAAUCGCUUGAAAGUAAAAUAGCAGACAUACAGCGAGAAAUCGAAGAAAUGUUAUUGCCAGAAAAUGAUAACUCCGUUACGAGUGAUGAAAUUCCUAUAGAAUUAUUGGAAGCAAACCCACUUUCUGAAGAUUUACAUGAUGAAAUACUCGAUAAUAUGAGUCCUCUUUUAGCUUCUUCCGAGUCAGACGAUUUGUUACCGCACCCAAAAUCAACAAAGAUUGACGAUCGCGCUUAUUCAUCUAAUGAUCAGCAUGUUAGUGUCAGCAUGAUCGAUGCAGUAUUUUGUGAUUCCGAUUCAGUUAAAACAUUGUCAGAAGAAAAUCAGGAAGAUAUUACACGACAACACCAAUUUAAUAAAAAUACUUUCAAUGUUGAAGAACAGGAAGUUCAGUUGUGUGUAGAGCCGGAAGUCACAAAAACCGAAAUAUUUGACGUAGUAACAACAGAUAUAUGUACUCCAACUUUAACUGACACCGACACAUUAUCUACUAACAAUGUAUCCAAUUUCAUCACUAACAACUUAUCACAUCUAAAAUCAGAUGAAUUGCUGUGUAAUAAAUUCGCGAUAGAUGACGCUGAAAAACUUCUCGCUGAACAAAACACAAAGCUUAAUUCAGACGAUAAUUUGGUUUCCAAAAAUAAAUGUGCUAACUUAGAAUCAAAUCUUAAAAACGAUAACUCAUUUUGGCCUGAGAAAUAUAUUUAUCACGAUGCUGAAUGUCAGUACUUUAUUUCAAUAUCAAAUAAAAAUAAGACGUCUAAUAAUAUUCCGAGUGAUAUAUCAAUAAAUGAUCAAAAUGAUAAAGAUCGUGAUCCUAAUGGUAGGUCUGGUCAUUCUUCUGAUACAGAAGAAAAGGAUUCGCGUCAGUCUAGUUUGCCUUACGAUUCUAACUAUAUUUCCAUGGACCUUCCGGGAGGAAUAUGUAGUUGGAAAGAUCACAGUUCUUAUUUGAGCAUAGAAACGCCUACUGAUUCUUUGUUGAAUCCGUCAUACGAAAACACCACUCAAAUAGAUGUCGACAUACCAGAGGAUACACUAACAGCCCUUUCCCUCGAGACCGUUACCCCACCCACACCCACACAGGAGGAGCCCAAAGAAGAAAGAAUCCGGAAGGCAGCCAAGGAUGACUUAUCUAACGAUAUUGAAACGCUGCUCGAGGAAGUCAAAAUUGUGCAAGCGAAUCUAUCCGAUCUUCCGGACGAAAGCCUUGACGCUAUGGAGGAAGGACUUCGGGAGGGCAUAACAAUUCUAGUCAAGUGUGAGGAGGCUGCCAAUCUCUUGGAGCAGAAGAUUAUGGAAUUCUGCCACGAAUCCGAGGUUCAAACGCUUCUAAAGGAGAUCGCAAUGAUUAAGACGCGAAUCACAAAGUUGCUACUGCAAGCCCGGCAAGGAUUGACCACGAUUCAUGUAAGCAAGGAUGCGAAGGGCGAAUUAUUACGUCAAACUAAAGAAAUGGAAGAACAAAAACAAAAAAUAGCCAAACUUGAUCAUUGGCUUGAAGAUAUUAAUAAUGAGCUUAAAGAAUCCACAAAUCAGUUAAACGUAUUUACUGAAAAUGAUAUUAUUAGGUAUAUUGAAAUAUAUGAAAGGUAUAUUAAGGAAUAUGAGGAGUACGAAGUCUUAAUUAAUUCUAUUAUUGCGGUAAUUCGUGAAGAUUCUAGUCAAUUGAAACAAAAUUUACAUACAACUAUUAAAACAUUAGAAGAAACCAAAAGUCUAGUCAUUUUAGAAAUAUUGAGAUUGAGACAUAUGUUAAAACAAAUGAGGAAUGAACCAGAAGUCCUGGAAGAUGAUCUAUCACAAACAGAUAGAACUAUUGAUUCGACUUCAAUGCCGGAAGAAAUUGUAUCUCCGCGUGAAUCUGAUAACCAAGAAUUGAAAAUGAAUGAAUCGGCAGUGGAAAAAUUAGAAAGUGAUGUUGUUUCUAGAGCUAAAAGUGAACUUACUCCAGAACCAAGUAAAACAAACCAAAAAACGCAAAUUGAAGAAUUAAAAAUUCGUACAGAAGAACAAGUUAAGGCUUGUACUACUACUGAAACGCAAACUGGUAAGAGUCUUAUGUCUGAGGCUCCUUCUGUUAUUGACAGAUCUGUGAUAUGUAAGCCAGAGGAAAAAAUAUUGCGUGACAUAUCUGUGACUUGUGCUCCACCGCAAGAAGUAGAAGUACAAACAAGUGAAAUAAAGUCUUCGGAUAAAGAAAUUCUUGAAAAUAUACAAGUAAAACAGACAAUUUCUGAAGGCCAUGAAACAAUUGAAAUUGAAAGUCGACCAGUAAGGAGAGACCAAAAGAUUGACGAACAGUCAUUACUUAUAGAUGCCCAAUAUAAUGAUGAUAAUAUGUAUAAAGAUUCGAAGCUUAAUAUUACACACAGCUUACCUCAAUCAUUCGAAACUGUUAUGGUUGAACCAGAUGAAACAACGACUGAGGUUGUUGUUGAUGCUGAUGGCACCAAAAGAAUAAUAGUUAGGAAAGUAAGGAAAACUUUAGUGACACGACAGCAAAUAAUUCAACCUCAGCAAACUAGUGAUACUAUCCCUCAAGAUCAAUCAUUCUCGCAGUUGAUACUUAAAGAAGAUACAGGUUCAAGCUCAAGAUUGUUAGAAGAUGGUAGCAAUAGAUAUAUUCAGUAUCAAAGUCAUGAUGGCAAAGUUAUAUCUGGACUUCCUGGCAGUGAAGUUACUAUACAAGAGUUUACAUCACACCCUGAUAUGAUUAUUAGAAUGGAACAGGGGAUGAAACCUGAAGAAAUACUUCAAUUAGCUGAAGGUGAAACUCCAUGUCAUAUACAAACGUCUGCAUCUAGUGUUACAGCAGUCGUUCAACAAGUUACAAAGCGGAUUAUAAAAACUAAGCGUCGCAUUAUUCGUCGUGUUGUUAUAAUCGAUGGCAAAGAACAUGUCACAGAAGAGGUGAUAGAGGAACCUGAUAAUGUGGAAGUUUUUGAAGAACAAAUUCCAAGAGUAUCUAUUAACGUAAGAGAUGGUGUAACGGCUGAAGACGACACAGAUAACCAAAACAAACCAUCAUAUCCUCCUAGUAGUCGAAAAGGGGAUAAUGACCAUGACCUGGAUAAAGAUACUAAAAAAGAUAAUGAACAAAAAUUCGAAGACCUGAAAGAUAAAUAUCAAACACAACCUAAAGAGUCAAAUAUAUCGCAUAACAUACCAAAUUUGCAGACUUUAACAAAAGAAUUUUUACAAAAAGAAAGUGAUGACAGAAAUGCAACACUAACAAAUGUUACAACUUUAGAAAAAAAUGAUAAUUUAACAGGAGGUGAAAUGUCUUUUAUUUCCAGUGAUAUGCAUUCUAUGCUAGAAAUGAGCUCUGCAAAUAUUGCUACAGUUGUACAAAAAGUUACAAAAAAGGUAAUAAGAAUAAGAAGGCGCAUUAUAAAACACAUACAAAUUAUUGACGGUAAAGAACAUGUGACUGAAGAAGUUAUUGAAGAACCCGAGGAAGUCGAAAUCACUGAUGACGAACCAAAAGUAUCACAAAUCUUCCAAAAACAAGGUGAAACACAGACAAAACGUAUUAAAAUCAUACGACAAGUUCAUGUUGUCGACGGAAAGGAACACGUUACAGAACAAGUUGUAGAAGACCCCGAUGAUUUUGAGAUUUUCUCUGAAUCAAACAAGACUCCAAGUUAUAAUUUGAACAUUACUGAGCUCGUAGAUCCGGUAAGUUCUAUUACUACUACUGAUGUCACUAAGCAUGUAGAAACACAAGAUCAAAGUAUUGUAAAAACUGAAGAUUUCAUUGAAGGUAAAGAUGACCACUUAAAGUUAGUGCCAACUUUGGAUAAAAACGAUGAAAAUAAAAUAACAAUAGAGUCGAAGCAAAUUAUUGAAGACCCCGAUGAUAUUGAUGAGCGUAACAUGAAGCAAAAUAAUAUUAGUCACAAAUUACAUAUAACGGAGCUAGAUGAGCAGGAAAUUCCAAAAACUAGCAGUGAUAUUGAAAAACAAGAUAAAAAUAUUAAAGAUUUAGCUAAAGAUUGGAUAGAAAAUGAAAUAAAGCAAUCAAUAUUAUUAGACCCAGGAAACGUUUUAGAAAAGCAAAAGAAUGCAGAAUCUAAGCAACAAAUUUCAGUGGUACCGACAGAAAUUAGUAAAACAGAUACUUUAGAUCAAAUACCCAUGCACACAACGUUGACUAGAACAAGAAAACGCAUUAUAAAAAAUAUUCAUAUUAUUGACGGUAAAGAACAUGUGACAGAAGAAGUAAUUGAAGAACCAGAUGAAAUAGAAAUAAUAGAAGGAACUCCAAUUGUAUCACAUAUUGUUCAAGAAGGAGGUACUAAAACAAAACGGAUUAAAAUUAUACGUCAAAUCCAAGUCAUUGAUGGCAAAGAAAAUGUUGUAGAGCGGAUAAUAGAAGAUCCAGAUGAUGAAUACAUCGCCGAAUCUACUGUAACUGCUACUGUAGAUGUCCAAAUGAGUAAACCAGGUGUCACACAACUUAAAGAGAAGGAAAUUUCGAAUGAACAAACAACUAUGAUUGCUGAGAAUAAAAAUAUUGGUUCUGUUGUUAACAUUACAAAAGAUUUCCUCAGAAAUGAAUCACCUCGUACUGAAGAAUUGCAAAAGUCCUAUGAAAAAAUAGAGAAAGAAACCUCAAGGGAUAAAGCACUUCCAAUUGAUUUAGAUACUAACAUUUCACUUCCCGGACAAAGUGAGGAAAACAAAAACGCGAAUAAUAGUAAGGAAAUAAUAACAUAUACAACAAAGUCAAUAAAAGAAACUACAGAUAAACCUCAUCUUUUAGAAACUUCGGAAAAUAUAAUAUCUAAUGUUGGAACACUUGUAGAUGAGCCACCUAUUGACAUUUCGAGAAAAUUAAUUGAAAGCGAAUCUCAUCACUCAACCAUAUUAAGUCUUCCACAUGAAACGAAAAUUGAUAUGGUUGAACAGAAACUGGAUUUACACGAGACAGCUAAUUCAAAUAUAAAAGAUUUUGAGUCCGUUGAGAACUUAACAGCUGAUACUGAAAAUGAUAUUACCCGUUUAUCAAUAAGGAAAAGUGACGUAGAUGAAAUUGCUCUAAUUAAAUCUCAAGAACCAGUGAUAGAUAUAGAGCUGGACACUGCAGAAAAGAGUAAAAUUGUUCAUGAAACUGAAACUAUCGAUGUUCAAGAACCAAUACAAAUCGGUGUUCAAGAUCACACUAAACAGGUGUUAGCGGACCUGGAAGAACAUCAUCCUAACACAUUAAAUAUUACAAAAUCUGAAGACAAAGCCCAAGCGAUUCCAGAAAAUAUCGUUUCAAUUCCUAUAGCGGUUGAAGAGCAAAAGGAUGACAAAUCUUUAAUUGUUGAGACAGAAAAUUUUAUAUUAGACGAUAAAAGUUCACGUGAUAGUCCAAAAGAUCAAUCUCUUUUUGAAACUACUAGCAGAUUUAUUGAAAUGGAAGCUGAACAUUCUCACAUUAUGUUAACAGAGGGUGUAAACAGUUUAAAACCUUUAGAGGCUACAGAAAAUAUGACUUUAGAAACAUAUUUACUAGAAGAAGAACAAAAGACCCAAGAAGAAAAACAGGAUAGUGUAAAUACUGAUAAAACAUUUGAUCACCAUGAACCACUUGAAGUAAAGAAGAAUGCUGAACAAAAUACUGUACUGGAGGAAAACUCUUCACGAGAAGGACAAACACUUGUACCAGGGCAGGGAGAAAUAUCACAAGAUUUAAUAAAAACAACUACUAGGACACGUAUCAUAAGGCAUGUACGAAUCAUUGAUGGUAAAGAACAUGUAACGGAAGAAGUAGUAGAAGAACCAGAUGAAGAAAAAAAUCUUGAAGAAAAUUCAAACUUAACUAUUCAAGAGGAAGGUAUUCAAACAAAACAGAUUAAGAUUAUACGCCAAGUAAAUAUUAUUGAUGGGAAAAAACAUGUUACUGAAAAAAUUAUAGAAAACUCAGACAAUGAAUAUAUACCAGAGACAACUAUUAUAGCUAAUAUUGACUUAAAGCUAACUGAUUCAAAUAUAACUAAUGAUAAACCAGAAAAACAAACUCCAGAAAUUUCUGAAGGUAGAGAAUUUGUUCAAGAUAUAUCUAAAGCAUUGGUAAGUGAUUUUACAGACACCAUAAAAAAAGAAAGUACAGAUAUUGAAGAUGAAAUUUCCACUAUUCAGUUAGAUACUAAAAAUGUUACUGAGCAAAAAGAACAGAAAAAAUAUCUUGAUAAGGAGCAGGAAGUAUUUUCUAAACAUCCUAGUAAAUUAGCUUUUACAUCUGAAAAAAAUUCAUUAAACAAUAAAAAUAUAACAGCUGAAUUUUUGACUGAGGAAACAAAGAAAAAUAAAGAAAUUUUAAAGGAAAGUAACAUUGACAAAUCGGUGGAUGACAUUUUUAUUCAAGAAAAAGAAUUAAAAAAAGAAUUAAAUGACCCAGUAAGCACUUCGCAAAUAUCCGAAGUGAAUUUUUCUUUACCUUGUGAUACUCAAACUGAAAAAUCUAAGAAACCUCUGAGUCCUCAGAGUCAAUCAUCGGUAGAUUUAGAGCCUGCAGAAAGAGGAACUGUAAUUAGCGAAUUUGUAAUAAAUGCUGAAAGUAAGGAACCAGAAAUAUCCUAUAUACAACAAUUUCAGUCACCUUCACAAGAAUCUCCUGAAGUUUUAGAAAAAGGUAUACUAAGUCAUCCAGUCUCCAUAGAAAAUAUUGAGCCAUGGGAAUAUACGCAUUCUGUUGAUAUUGUUUCUGCGCCCACUAAAUUAAAUACAAAACACGAUAUUGUUGCUUUUAUUGAAUCAGAACGUAUGAACGCAGAUGCAAGUGUUGUUCAAGAUGUAGACUCAUUAAAAAUUGAAAAACAGAAAGGCGAUUUCCCGGAUAAAUCAUUGCAAGCUUGCGAAUUAAAGAGAGACUUGGAAAAAACUGAAAGUGAAUGUAAUCCAUCUCAAACAGUCGACAUGAUAAUGUCUCUUUCAAAAAUAGACAAAGACAAAAAAUACGAACCUAAAAUUGAAGUAAAUAUUAAAAUAGAAGAAUUUGAAACAUGCACACCAUCAAUAGUUAAAAAAGAUAUCAAGGCUGAUUUGCCAACUGAAAUUACUGUUAUUAAUGAACAACUCAAAAAAGAUGUAUGUAAUUUAACUAAGGAAAAUGUACCAGAAUCGCAGUUAAUACCGGAAAAAUCAAAUAGAGAUGAUCAGCAAUCGUUACCUGACCUUAACGAACCGUGCAAUGAUUCCAUUCAUACCGAAUCUUAUAUUGAAUCAGAUAAAAGUAUAGAAGGUACAGAAAGUUCAUCAUUAACUCAUUACAUUAAAUUACCAACUCCACCAAAGAAUGAAUCGCCAAAACCAUCCCCAAGCUUAUUGGAAGUAGAAGAAGUUUCAAAGGAUGUCAGUGAUGAACCCUUAUCCGCAUCUACAGAUGUCGAAAUAAUUACUGAAAAAGGAUAUGAACCCGAAGAUUUAUCUUUACACCAAGAACCAGCAGUAGAAAAGAAAAAGAAGCAUAAAAAGCGAAAGUCUCACGCGAUUAGUGAAGAAACUGAGUACCCAAAACAAACUACCACUGAAGGAGACACUGAAAUUUCAACCCCAGUGGAAAUGGAAGAGCCUAUUUGUCACAGGAAAAUAAAGUCCAAGAAAAGUAAGAAAAAGACUCCCGUUACUGACAAGAUUCCGGAAGAUCUAACAUUAACAGCAUCAAAAUCGGAGAGCCCAAAGGUUGGGGCUGAAAUUGCCACCUCAUCGCCUCAAGAGGAAUCAUAUCACACUAUAAGUGAGACAUCCGAUAUGAAUACUGUAAAAAUUGUCGAGGAAUGUAUUGGUAGCAGUCCAGAAAUAAUUCAAAAAGAAGUGACUACCACUGUGACUUACCCAGUACCUAUUGUUGAAGAAAUUGCUAUUAGCGAAUAUUCAGUUCAAACCUCACCCGAAGUAAUGGAAAUUGAAAAAGAUGACAUUAAAGAAAUUGCCAAGACAGAGAUGAUUGACUCUGAAUUGCAAACUUCUCCCACUCCUGUCAAAGAAAUAUUAACUCAGACUUCACCUGUUGAAGAUAUUGAAGCCCACACUCAAACUUUGGACGAUACAAAAAUUAUUGAUAAAGUGGAUUUGUUAGAUUCACAAAUUCAGACAAGUCGGACGGAAUCACCAGAAGAAAUUAUGAAAACUGAGGUCACCACCCAAGUCAUCUCAAGAGAUAUAGUUUCUCCUGAUGACAAAUUUUCACAAACAUCCUCGCCAGUAAACGAUGUUGAUAAAAUAGUUGAAAGAGAUUGUCGAGGUAUUCAAACCUCACCUCAACCUCAAGUACAUAGGGAUGAAAAGAGCACUGAAAUAAUAAUUGAAACAACCGAAACCGAUAUACAAACUGUAAAGCAAGAUGUUGUAGAUCAAGAAACAUCAACAUCACCUACCAAAAUUACGGAAUUAAUAGAGAUGAGUAUUCAAACCCCUGAAAUUCCUCUUGUUGAUACCUUUACGCAGUCAGAUUUAUCAAUUGGAGAUAUAGAAACUUAUAAACAAGAAAGUUCAAGCUUACCUACAACAGAUGUUACCAGUCAAAUAUCAACAAUUGAUAGAACUCAACAAACAACUCCUAGAAAUGAUGACGCUGAAUUAAAAUCUAAAACAGAUAUAACGAGAAAAGAACAUGCCAUGAUUGAUAACGCCCAACAAACUACUCCUAGAAUUGAAAGUAAUAUUACACCAACUUCGCAAUUAGAUUUAAUUAAAAAAGAAAUAGUCACUGUUGAUGAUGCUCAGCAAACUACUCCUAGAGAUUAUAAAGAGGAAGAUAAAUUAUUAUUGCCAGUAGAGUACAGCAAUAAAAAUGAAAUUAAAACUAUCGAUAGCAUUCAACAAACAUCUCCACGAGAUUAUUCGGAGGAUUCGAUAUCAACAUCUACCGACGAACCUUAUGAAAUCCAUUUACGAGCUCAAAUCUCUAUUCCACGAUCCACACAUGACUUUAUUGAAAAUGAACGACAAACAGAGCAAAUUUCCCAACCUAUAAAAGAUACUCAUAAGCAGAAGAAAAGAAAACCCAAGAAAAAGGCAGAUUCGCCAUUACAAUCACCAAGUAGCUUAUCAGAUCCUAUCAAUGCUGAAUUAUCAUUUUCAGUUACGCCAACAAGUGAAGAUUUAUCUAGUAAAGAAACCUCUUCAAUAGACGAAGGUAUUUCACAACUAGCUAGUCCUGUUCAACCAAAUCAGCAAGAAAUUUAUAUAACUACGCAAAAACCUACUUAUUCGGAUGUAGUUCAAAGGUCUAAAUCAAAAUCGCCAUCUCCAAGUAAAACAAUAUUUAGACCAAAAGUUGGCAAAGCAAGAUUGAUUAAUACCCUAGAAAAAAGAACACAGUACCUUAGCGAACCUCAAAAAUUAUCAGAAAAUUCAUUAACUGUCGCACUUAUUGAGCCUUCUGUAGAGAAAUCGUAUGAUCUAGUUGUUAACAAAGAAUUAGAAGAAAUAAAAACUGCUAUAAAAAACAACGAUCCAACUAAAAUUGAAAAGAGUAUUAUUGUUGUGAUUGAAACGAUAUCUAUUUGGCUAGAGGAGAUUCAAUAUAAAAUUCAAAGACAAGCUAUUGAAGGAGAUAAACCAAGUAAUGAAUCUGAACGUGUAAAAGCACUAGAAAAUUAUGUUCAAGGUCUGAGAGAAAUCGUAUAUGUAACGGAAGUAAAUGAAGAAAUUAUUACUUUAAUUGAGACUAUCACGCGUCAAAUACAAACAAUUGGUUAUUAUAGAAGUAGAACGUCUGAAAAGAUAAAGGAAGAGGAAAAUGAAUGGAACAAAUUUUUGUCAGAUAUUGAAAUUUUAGACUCGUCUGUAGAUAAACUUAAAUCUACCUUAGAUGAAUUAAUAAUAUCAGAAAAUCCCACACAGAAAAAACUUGAUAAUCUGGAUGAGAUUGAAAAAGAUAAUGUAUAUAAUUUAGAUUUUACCAAGAAAAUGUUCCAAACUUAUCGUAACUUUAUGGAAAUAAACCCAAAAAGAGAAUGUCCAACAAAACUAUUUGCAAUAGAUGAAGGAACUAAACAAAUAGAAAACACAAUUAAUACUGAAAGAGAUCGGCUCUUACAAUUAACGUCACUGGCUGAGGAAUAUGAACAAACUUUGCAGGACUUUGGACAAAUUACUGAUGUAGCAGAGGCACUGCUUGAUGGAAAAAUUAUUGUUUCUAACUUAGAUCACCUCUAUGAAGAAAUUCAGAAACAUAGAAAGUUCUUUAUAAAUUUAAGUCAUUGCAGAGCAAUUCUUGAAUCGCUAGAGAACAACUUGGAUACUGAAACAAGAACUAAAUACUCAGCAUUGCACCAUUCUUUGCAUGAUAGAGCAACGUUAAUUAUUGAUAGAGCUGCUGGUCGCGCUCAACAAAUGACUUUAGCCGCUUCAAGGUGGAGUGUGCUAGAUCAAAGUAUGAAAGAAGAACAACAAUGGCUUAGAGUAGCACAACAAAGAAUUCCUGAUCUUUCUAAUGUAACAUCCAUUGACCACGAACAAUAUAUAAAUCUCUAUCAAUCUAUAAGCCUUGACGCAUCACAACAUUAUGCUAAAAUGCUUCGUUUAUUGUCUAUUACGGAAGGACUUCAAGGUUUGAUUGUUUGUUCGGGGCUUGAAACGGAAUGUUCUGUUGCGCUUGAUACUUUACUUAAACUUCAAGAAGACAUCGAUUCCAGGUUAACACGUUUAACAGCGUUUAAAGAGAACUGGGUAACGUAUGAUAAUCUUAUUGACCGGAUUGAAGGUUGGAUGAAACUAGCAAAUAAAGAGCUAGAACAUAUAACCCCUGAAAAUAUUACAACAACAAGUAACCUUCGUCGUUUUUGGGAAUUAAAAGCACAACAUGAAGUUCAUAAUAACUUGAAAAAUGAAUCUGGAGUUCAAUUUGAAAAGGCCUUAGAAAUACUACCGAUAUCAGAUGAAAUGGUGCAGCGGCAAUUCUUCUCCAAAAUUGAAGAUAAAUGGCGAGAUUUGUCAUCAAGAAUAUGUCACAUUCACACAUCUGCAAUCAAAAACAUAUCUGAUCGCGAUGUUCCAUCUAGUGAAAAGCUUAAUAUACUCGAAGAUGAAAUGAGAGAGCUUAGGGCUAUGUUGGACGCCCUAAAAGGCGUUAUCAAGAGUGACGAUGAAUUAAACCUGUACAUCGAACGUCUCCAAGUGAUGACAAGCCGAAUCGACAGAAUACAGAACGAACUCGGUAGGUUAAGCUUACUUCCCACCGCGGAAUCAGAGCGUUUAGGCGCACUUUUGACUCAGUCUGGAUUACUGGAUGAUCAAAUAGCUGAAGAGCUCGAAAGAAGUAUGCUCUUGAAAGAGAAAAUAGUGCAAGUGCAAGCCGGUAUUGCCCGUUGUCAAAAAAGCCAACGACGCGCCCAACUGACUUUGGAAGAGUGUGAAGCAGCCGAGCGCCUCGGAAGCGAUGUUGUAGAAAGAGCGUCACAAACGUGUGAGAAACUGAUAGAAGAUCUAUCAACGCAAUGGCGAGACAUAUUAGCGCUCAGACAAGCAUUGCACACAUUGCCUACAGCACUUCGCGUCUGCGUAUCGCCUAUAAGCAUUGAAAGGGAUAUUUCUGCACUACAGGACACACACGCUGAAUUGGAAGCCGCUUGCAACGAGUUGAGCGUUCGUUUGCGCAGUAAAGUACAGCUGUGGAGACGUUUCGAACGUCAACUGGAGCUGGUGCAGGGCGCCGUACGCGAAGCUGACUACAUGGUGGAACUGCUCACGGUACAGGGCCAAGUCGACUAUGAUCGUCUGCUAAAAGCUACUGAGAAACUUGAGACACUAAGUGACUCACUGUCACGUCGGAGCGGUGAGCUGGUUGGUUCGCUGCGUGAAGCCGCGGCGCCACUAGAGUCAAGCUGUGAGCCUGGCAUCGCCGCCAAGCUCAGGAAAGAGCUGGACGAUGCGGCUGCGGCAUACGAGCAUACCUGUUCCAACCUAACGCAGCUCUGCGACAAGUACCACAAGGCGGUGGAGCUGUGGCGACGAUACCGCGAGGCGGCGGCGUGCGUGCGCGCCUUCGCCGACCAGCACGAGGGCACGUUGCACGCGCUGCGACCACACGACGCUCCGGCAGCCGCGCAGGCAUGUCUAGAACAAGAGGCAAGAGUAGCAGAACUCAGGUCCCUAGCCGCACGAGUCGCAGCAGAAACCGGCUCCAGAGCAUUACAGGCCGAUGCGGACGCACUCGCCAGGAGACUGCAGCUUGUCGCUGGCGCUGUUCAAGCGCUGGCAGAUCUUGGUGAAGCUAGACAACUAGCACGAUCUAAAGCACAACAUGCCAAGGAGAUGUUCUGUGAUAUGAGACAGGAUUUGACCCCAGUUCAAGAAGACGGAGAAAUAGUUGAAGACAAAUUAAUAGCUCUGCGAGAAAACCUUAUCGCACUCGGUAAAAGCGAGGCCGUCAUCGCUCCCGCUAAGGCAGAGCUUCCGGACAUCGACCGAGACGUGUCAGACGAACAUUCCAUUGUGAGAAUAUUAGAACUAUGGCAGGCCAUGUUCAGAGAUACUUUCUUACACUACCAUCGUUUAUCAACGGCACUGGUAAGGUCUGGAGACGCAGCGACUGCUCUGCGAUUAUGGAACGAAUAUUUAUUAGACUUACAAUCAUUCCUAUCCGGUUCCGUACCGGCUGAUUACGAAAAUUUAACCGAACACCGCAGACUUUGCAGAGUACACAGAAAUCUUCUAGCGUCACAACGAUCAGUGUUGAUGAAUGAAAAUAAAGAAUCUAAAAAUCGUGAUCUAGCUGACAAAUUUGACACACUAACCAAUCUCCACAAUGAAACUUUGGCGAGAAUCGUCGAAAGACACGACGAGGUAUGUACUCGUAUCGCGGCUUGGGACGAAUACAUACAAAUAUACACCGAACUACUUCGAUGGCUCAAGGAAAUAGAAAGGGAAAAAGAAAAGUUACAGCUGAGAUAUGUACAUAUAAAGAGGAUACACAAAAUUCUAUCUAAUAUUCAGAAUCUUGCAGACAAAUUACCCGAAGGCAGGAAGUUUUCGGAAAAACUAUUGGAAAAUCUAAAGAAGGUAAUGGAAUUCACAGAAGAAACCUAUGGUGCUUCUGUAAGGAUGGAAUAUGCAGGUAUCGUUAAGAGAGUUGACAAUUUACAAGCAAGUCUUGAUACUUGGCGUGACUUCCUAACUCGGAUACUUGGUCUUAUUGGAGAAUAUGAAACUUUAACGGAUGACUUAAACAAGUUAUAUUCUAAGACACAAGGUGAAAUUAUGUCUUACUCUGACGAUGACCGACUAUCUAGGCCUCAGCUUAAAAAAGCGAUAGACAAGUACGCUGAUUUAAGAACAAAAAUCGAUAAAACUGAAUCAAAACUAGAGGCUCUGAGCGUUAUUCAGGAGCAAUUGAAAGAAUGUCUUAGUCCUCAAGAUAUAAGAAUAGUUAAUCAAAAGGUCUGGCAAUUACGUCAACAGCGCGCUGACCUGGAACACCAACUCUCCAUUAUUAUUCAUAGGCUGCAAGAACGAUUAGAAAUAUAUACAAUAUUUGACUCUAGGCUCUCUCGGUUUAGCGAAUGGAUAAGAACACUCGAAUCGCGUCUCGAAACGACUACAUCUAAUAGUGACUUAGGAGCAUUAGAUCCUCAAGACUUGGUCAGAAGGAUUAAUUCAGAUAUUCAAGCGGAAACUUCGCUGAAAGAACGGGAAUUCGAAUGGCUUGCAGAAACAGGAAGCGUUUUAACUGAUUUGGCUAAAAAAGAUGAAAAAGCUUACAGCAAAAAUACAUCAAAACAGUUAAAAGAUAUUCAAGAACGCUGGCAUAAUUUGCAAGAAACGGGACGAAAUCGAAUAGCCAAGAUCAAUGAAUUACUCGAAACAAUUUCGCAAUUAGAAGAACGAUUGACGGAAAUCAGACUUAAAUUACACACCAUAGAAUCUAAUCUUUCAACGCCAGUCGUACUAGAACAUUUGACGACUAAAGCCGUUGAUACUAAAUUCCAGGAACAAGACGAAAUACACAAAAACAUUGAAAACGAGAGCGGAGAAGUUGGUAAAACGCUAAACCUUUGCGAACUCGUAUUUAAUGAUGCUGACGUGCUUAAAGGUAACUUUGAUUUACGGAAUUUACAUACAGGAGUAGACAUUGUUGAAAAGAAAUGGAAAAACAUCUGCGAUAUGUCUGAGCAACGAAAGAAAGCCUUGAAGGAGGUUAGAAAAUCUGCUGAGCUGUCUAAUUCUCUGCUACCAAAAGUUGAAAAGAAGCUUGACGGAAUAGAAAAGAGAGUCGAAAAAAUUGAAACCCGCAAACAAAGAGGUGAAGCUGAAGAUGAGACUGUUUCAAAGGCUGUGAUUAAAGAUUUAGAUACCUUAGAAGGAGAUAUUAAGAAAUUAGAGGAUGCAUAUAGCCGUAUAGCGUCAGCGAGAGGAGUUGAAGUCCGAGGGCCUGGGGCUGAUGAUGCCGCAAGGCUCAGAGCGGCGGUACGGCGAUGGCAACAACUACGUUGUAGAGUAGACGCGGCUGGUGCAGAUGCUCAUCGACAAUUCGUCGCAGCUCAUGGAAAGGCGGUAGUGGCGUUAGCAGAAGCAGAUGUUAGGUUAACGAGAGCAUUGCAUCUCGCUCCGAUUCCUUCAGAUAAAGCUGCCACCCUCAAAGAAUUAGACGGUGUGGAGUUGGAACUACGUGAGUGUGAAGCGUUAGUAGAUGAAGCAGAUAGAUUGUCAGUAUCAGUAGCUAGCGUGUCUGGCGUGUCGGAUAUGGUGAGCGAGUAUCGCGCACUGUUUGCUGACGUCAGGACCCGGCUGGACCUCGCGAGGGCUGAAGUGGUCGGUGACGUGGACACUGCUGUACAGGUCGACACAUUAAAAUGGGAGACUGACGCAGCGUUACAAGUAGACACAUUAACAUCCAAAGAGACAUAUCGUGUCGAACUGGCGUCUGCAGUUAAAGAAACAUCGGAAUCUCUAGAAGCGCUCCGAACAGCACUACUCCAAGAACUUAAAGAAAACACUGGCAGCGAAGAAUUAGCUACAGCAGCUAAAGAAAUAGCUAAAGCUGGAGCUAAGCCCGAACAAACACUAGAAUUGGCUAAACAUCUAUCAGAACUGUUACUAACAGAAUGCGACGCCACCGAGGAAGAAGCGAUGUUGAAGGAGGUGGAAUCUCUCUCAUUAAGAUACGAAGAUCUCUUGACUCAGGCCAAGAAACGCGAACUACAGAUCAACAAUCUGAGGUUGCCCCACUCCGCGUCGUACGCUCUCACGUGCGAACAUGAGUCCGGUCGCGUCACGUGUCCCCUGUGCUCCGAUCGAAACUGGAAGCAGCUCGACAACGACCUGUGGCGGCUGGAGCAGUGGCUGCAGUUCGCAGAGGCCACGGACGAGGCGCGUUCCGAGCCGCCCGAGCAGUACGACGCUCUCGAGGACGCAAUACAGGAUCACCGCGAGUUCCUGCUGGACCUGGACUCUCACAAAGCGCUAGUGGUGUCGCUGAACGUGGUGGGCGCGCACGUGACCCGCCACGCGCGCCGCGCGUCCGACGCGACGCGCGCGCGCGAGCGCCUCGCCGCCGCCAACCGGCGCUGGGACGACGCCUGCGCGCGCGCCGCCACCUGGCAGGCCACGCUGCAGCACGCGCUGCUGCACAACGCGCAGUUCCACGACAUCGUGGUGGAGUUGGUGGAGCAGCUCGCGGCAGCGGAGCGCACGGUGCGCGCGCGCGAGCCGCUGCGCCUGGCGCGGCCGCCGCAGGAGCUGCGCGACGACUUCCGGCGCUUCAGCGAGCUGCGCGACGAGCUGAGCCGCGCCGAGCCGCGUGUGCUGGCGCUACGGGACGCCGCGCAACUGCUGCGAGCCGACGCCCAGCACGUCUGCCGCAGACUGGGCGAGCUCCGACUACGCUUGCAAUCCCUCCGCAAGCUGUCGGGCGUAUAUGCACUUAAGCUGGGCGCGGCGCUGGCUCGCUCUCCGCAGCACAGCUCCGCACUCGCCGCUGCCGCCGCCAGCGCUACCGCCGCCACCACACAGCUGUUGGAGGAGGACGAGCAGCAGCUGCCGGCGAUGACGCUGCCGCCGCUCGACGAUGCAGACGCGCUGAGCGAGGAGCGUGAGCGGCGCGAGCUGAGCGGCGUGCGGCGCGGGCUGCGCUUCGUGUGCCGCGUGGCGCGCGCGUCGCUGCCGUUCCAGGCGCUGCUGCUGCUGCUGCUGGGCGCGGCGGCGCUGGCCCCGCUGGCGCCGCCCGACUGCCGGCCGGCGCCGUCGCUGACGCCGGUGCUGCGCUACCCGCACGGGCCGCCGCCGCUCUAGACACAUUCCGCCUGUAAAUACGACGAGAUUUUUGUAUAUUUGUAACGUUGGGUGACCCGUGGCGCGGCGGUAUCGACCAUUAUAUUUAUAAUCGUUAUUUAUGUAACCCGUAUUUAAAGAUGGCGCCGCACAAAUGUAACGUGACGGCUUUCUGUACGCACUCACGCAUUGUUACUUAACUACUAGGGUAAGGGCUCCGAUGACGUCAAUAAAGCCUUACGUCGAUCAAA